ACUACAGUCAAACCGCUCAGGGUACACUGAAGUGUUGGACCGUAGCAGUUCAGAGGAUGGAAAAUGUACCAUAAACGUUGUUGGAAAACUCUCUAAGGUAAUUAAUCUUCCCUUCACAUGUGAGUUUCCUCUAUAACUCAGUUUAAUUCAGAAUAAGACUCGAAAGACUUGGCUAACGCUCGGCUAUGAGAAAUUCGAGUUGGUAGAGCAUGGCACUGACAUUGUUGAAUUGAAACUGGCAGCAGUAGUAGACACGUUUGUGUGGCAUAUGCUCAGAGGGACAUUUUGCUGUUAUCGAGGGAAAAACAAGACGUAAGCAAAUGUGUGAACAAGAAAUAUGAUGCAAAUGAAGAGUUUGAACUUCAGGAAUUCAAGAUGUAUUUCUUUUGGGAGGGAUUAAGAAUGAGCAUCUUCUGCAAGGUGGGGCAGGGUUUUCUAGGACUGGAUUUUGAUUUUGGUCCUACUGACAUACAUUCAUUUGGCACAGAGCCACUCAAAGGAUAUUCAGUCAUUGAAUGCCCACGAAGAUUCAGUUUAAGCUUUUGGUUUGUUACUUUAACUGAAUAUCAUUGAAUUAAAUGAUCAAAUAAUCUCAGACUUCCAUUCUUAUUUGGGAAGUUUGUGCAAUUGUAUGGACCUUUGACUUGGCCUAUUUUUAAAUAUAUAUCCAGAAUUAAGAAGCUGCCAAAGACACAACAUUUUAAUAUGAUUGUCCCACUAUCACUUGAUCAAUUCAUGUGCAGCAUUAGACAGUUUUUGUUGAAAGGAACUUGCCAGUGCUGUCAUGUAGACACUAUUCAGUCAACUUUAGGUUAAUUGCAAAUCAUUCAGAUGAAUUAUUUAUCAGUUUAGAUUUUUUUCUAAAGAAAAUAUGGUGAAAGAUUAUGUGCAGAGCUGAUAUUCAUGCAAAUAUGAACUGGUCUGUGGAUCUCCUAUGUGUAUUUUCUCACAUAGUUAUAGCAGGUAUGUGUUUGCCUCCAUUGGAGAAUGGUACCCAAAGUGGAAAGACUAAACUGUGCAUUAAUUUAGAGCUUGGAGGGAGCUUAAAUGAGAAAGUCUUUGACAGUUUGAGUUUUAAUUUAAUAUAGUUUGUUGUUUUCAAAAAAGUUAUCAUCAUGCACACAGUGAUUUAUAUUGACAGCAACACAAAGGUUUCCUGAUAUCAUGCAGUUUACUGACAGAUCCUCUUUUACUACUUAAGAAGUUCUGAUUAUAUAACUCUGAAUACUUCUUCUGUGAUGUAAAAGAGGAGACGAACUGCAACUACCACCUACCUACCGUUAUCAUUCCCGAAUCAACUGGUUAUCUUUAAGAACAAGAGAGAGACAAGCUCAUAAGUGAUAAUGCACUUGAAUAUCAUGAUUUGAACAUCUAAAGCAUAACCCAGUGCACUGUUUCUGAUUCACAAACCAAUUUAAACAUAUCCAAAACAAGUUCCUGGCUAAGAUAACAGUGCGUUUUAGAUUGUAAUGUGUAUGGGAUGACAGGUACUUUUUUAUCAAAAAAUUACUGUAAUUUGUAAAGUGUCAAAACUACAACAUGUCAUUGCAAUUGUGUAUCGCUCAUCAGCUGACCUGGUCUCUAUUAUUGGCAUCAGCCAUCAAAGAAAUGAUAUUGAUCCUUUAGAAAUGAUACUUAUAUGUUUUUAUGGUCUGAAAUCAGCUGAGGACAUGUCACACGUCAACUUUAUCUUUGUUUCAAUGUUUCCUGUGAACCGAUAAAGAUUUAUCUUGAAAAGUUAGUCCGUCUUCAAACUUGAAUAUUACAUGAUCCUUCUUUUUUCCAAUCUUUGAAUAUUUAUUUGUGGAAAAUUGUCAAAAAAUCCAAAGUAGAAACCAUCAUUUGGAAAAUACUGGGCUUUUUCUAUAGGCACUGGUUUGCAGGUGCAAGUCAACCCCCCUAUGUUUGUACUUAAGCAACCAGACAGGAAUUCCCCUCCAACUGCAUAAUGUAUGCAUAAUUUCACAACAGAUAAAGCAUUACCCACAGUAUCUUCAAACUGCAGCUCGCACGGCUGUCUCUCUGCCAGUUCUGUUUUCUCUCUCUAGCAGGAGUGAAGUGCUGAGUACUGCUCGGUUUUCAAUAUCAGAAAAGAUAAAUAAACAUUCUCCUAGGACUUCAACAGCAAGAAGGCUUUUCUCAGGUGAAAUGCUUGGAAACAAAGUCAUAGUGAGUGGGAGGAAAGAAAUAGAUGCUUUGAGUAGAAAGAAAAGGCUUUACUAUCAUUGAGAAAAGAAGUGUUGGAAGGAGCAGCUGUCUUUUCUCACCCCUACUCGAGUUAGAGAUGAAGUCUUGGUGAGUAUUAUUUGGUAUUUGAUGGUAAGUGUUAAUGUACUGACUAAAGGCUGUGUUGUGAGGCCAACUUUCACUACAGGAUAGGCGCUGCUUCAAGUGAGAUUUGUUUGCUGCUUGCUUUAUUGAUUAAACCUCAGUUUUUAUGACGUACAGAAAAUGAAAAACCUGUUUGUCUUACUCAAAUUUAGAUCUACCGUAAUCGUACCUUUUGCAUCUUCAUCAGGAAUGCACUGAUUGGUUGAACAUCUUUUGCCAUUAGCAAAUAAUGGCAAUGUCUCGAUCCAUUUGAGAUACUUCAUUAAUAUACUCACCAAAGAAAACAGCUUGACUUCUAAGGAUGUACAAAAUAAGGCCCAAAACUCCUGUGACACCCUUCAAGAUUUGGUUGACUGGCUGCUUCCUCACAACCAAUUACUAUACCGCAAAUUGAAAAGCCUAAUGCUUGUCCAGGCUGAGUUUCAGGCUGACAGAAAGAACCAAAGGGGCGAGAAGAGAAGAAAGAGGCAGUUCAUCAAGAUUGUCUUCCUUUUUUGCAUUUUUAUUUGAAUGGGAGAUGUCUACUGCACCAAGCUUUUGCUUUAUUCUACAGCAACCUGCUGAACGGCACUUACACUUGAAUAUUCAAACAAGCAAGGACACCUAUGUGCACACACACAGUCAUACAUAGUUAACCAGUAGACUUUACAUCCUCCCUCUUGAUGACUCCUCUCUCUCUCUUUGACCUGUCAAGAUCCGCUUUCUAUUACUUGUUGUAACCCUCCUGGCUCCUCUACAGCACAUCAUAUGGUGCCAAUGACUAAUAUUAAUAAUACAUGUUUAGCCUCUCAUAUGUAGGCUAAAGUGCUGCAAGGCCCCCUGUCUUAUUUGCCAAGCAGGGCAGAACCCAAAGGCAGGAAAUAAGAGGCAGGAAACAGUCACCUGUUACAUAAUGAAAACAAAAACAAAACUCGUCUAUGUUUGAGUCAGAGCUGUGAGUCUAGAUGCAGUGCAUGUCUUGAAUCAUAAAUUAAGUGCCGGUAUGAUUACAUGUCCUGAGUUCAGGUGACAACAACAGGUGGUGUAACGCUGUGUGAUCAUGCCCUCUGGGGAAAACAACGACCCAUGCCUGAGGUUGUGAAUGAGCCUAGCCAAGGUCUCCUCGUGGCAGAUGGGAGGGUCCUGGGGCGGCAUCCCCCCUGGCUCUGGUCCCGGAUCUAUUUCAGGGUUACUGGUUCAUUUUAUGCUGUGCUGUGUUCUUAGGGCAGGCAUGAAAAGGAGAGGUGAACUGUUUGUCUGUUAAACCUUACAGUAGCAUGAAGGAUGAUUUCUCUUUGAGAUUAUUUUAAUUACUUCAGAGUUGAAAAGGAAGCAGACAGGAGUGAAACCUUGGGUAUAAUGGCAGACUUAAACUAUGCUUUAAUUUCAAGGAGGACUACACAAUGGUGCUCAAGGCUGCGUGUCUUAAUAUGCUGUUUAUCCUUGUUUCAUUUUUUGCUCAUCGCUGUGACCUUACAACUCUAAAGAAGAAUGAAUCUGCUUCACUUUGAUAAAACUGGCUCCUCAUCAGCUGUAAACAGAGUUUGUUUUGAUUUGUACACGAGAAAUUCGAUGUAUUAGACUUCCACAAGAAGCCAAAAUACUUAUAUCUGUCAGCUUGGAUUAUUUUGUAAAAUUUAUAUUAGCGUUCAACUGAUAUGGGUUUUUGAGAAGCCGAUACCAAUGCUGAUAUAUGGCCGAUAUACCAGUAUUCCAUUUUUGCACUUAAUAAAUAAUAAAAAUUCAAUUACAUUCAUUUUUCUAUGAACAUUAAAAUCUAAUAUCCAUGGUUAUCUUGGCCAGUAACAUGUUUUAGAUGGAGCUUUGAAUCAAUGAAUGGAAUAAAAACUAAUCAUUAGGCUGUGCUACAAAAGUCAGUACAUGGUGUACUUAUGCUGUAGACAGUAUUAAACUCCAGUAUUCUAUAAAUUAUAACAGAAUCAAACACUUGUCAGUAACUCAUAGAUUUGAUCUGCUGCCAUUUAAAAUGUUUAUUAUUCAAAUAAAGGAGUUUAUGUUUCUCAGCAGCUGUUUUGUGGCUGCCUGCAGUGUCUGCAGACACGAUUUCAUAUUUUUUAUUGGCCUCAUGAGCCCAGAUAUCAGCCGAUUGUUUCAAAAUGCCUUUUAUCGGCCUGACCGAUUAAUCAGUCUAACUCUACUUUUGGUGUGACAACCAUAAUCUCAUCUGAAAACAACUUGGUUACCUGAGCUUGCAUAUUGGUGGAUACUGAUUAUCAACCCAAUCUCAGUUGGAUUAAACAGAAACAUAUUAGCCUGACAUACUAUACUCACUGUACAUGUUGGUUUUAAAUGUCUGAUAGUAUUGCUGACAUUUCCUUUGCUCUGUCAAACAAUACUCCUUUGUUUUAUUGCGGCUGACCAUUGUCACCUGAUGUCUGGUACUCUGUGUGCAUGUUUCUGUUUUGUAGCUGCAAAGACCUUAUUGAUUUAUAGUUACACUAUGGUGCAUCAUCAGAACUUGACUUAAUCAAUACUACCUUUCAGGUUGUAUCCAAGCAGCACACCUCAGUUUUGAAAAAUGUUGCAGAGAUGAAGUUAAUAGAAGUUCUUUGUGCGUCUACUUGAGGCUGAAAGCAAAAAUUGUGUACAUAAAAAAAAAAUUACAUAUUGGUUGCACUAAAUUCAGAUUUUUUUAAUGGGUUCAGAACCAUCUCCUGCAGCCAUGUUGGAAUUGGAAAGGGGAGAGAGAGAGAUGGAUAGAAACCAACAACAGCAAUGACAACUCAUGCUGACUUAAGAUGACGGUUUCAAGACUGAUCUAUUGGCAGCCAGAGUCAUCAGGUUCACAUUAGGAUUCAUGACCUGAAAUAGUUAUCCAUCAGCUUUUGAAAGAAAUGAACCUGGAACAGCUUUAACCAUCUCAAGGUACCAGUAAUUGUGGUCAUUUAUCAGCCGGAGAACUGUGGCCUGCUUAAUCUUUUUCAGUGUGAGGGUUUACUCUCUGUGUCUUACUCACAUCUUUUGAAUUACACUUUUGGGCUUUCAGACCAGUUAAAACUUAAAAGGUGAUUGUAUGUGGCACCACCAAUUGUCUCGUUUGUUGGCUUAACUGCUGCAGGGAGAGUUGCUGGCAGUGAUUUACUUGUGAGAUCAUUCUUUACAAAAACAAGAAGACAAGGAGUCUUGAACUAAGACAUUAUACUUAUUAAGACUUUCAACACUUUUACUCUACUGCCUCCCCUUUACCCGACAGUUCAAUAAGUUUAAGAUGUAUUGUGUGUGAUAAAACUCUACGACAGUGAAAGGGAGUCUUGUCGAUGGUGUGAACCUGCAUCUGAAACUGUUUUCCUCAGUAUCUCCUCCGGUACAACCAACUGCAGUGUUAGACUCUGUUUUCAUUCACAGCUGCACUUCAUAUGUGUGACCACCUCUUUCUGUGCAUGGACCUCGGUGUGUAUUGUGAGAGUGUUUUCGAUCACUGUGCUGGUCAUGGCGGGGCUCAGAAGUGAUGCCCGCCUGGCACGCUGUCACAGACUGGACUGGACUGAGGCUGUGUGCUGCAGUGACAAAAGCACAUUCAGGCCAGGACAAUAGGGAGCUGACAGCCUGGGCUGUGAUUAUCACCCUGCGUGUCUCUCUCUAUCUGUCUCUCUGCCUCCUGUCUAUUGUGCUACUGUCUCACUAUUUGCCUCACUCUGUCUCAGUCAUUGGGGGAUCAAGCGCAUGUUCUUUAAGCAGCCUGUUUAUAGCUUUAAAAGAGGAGCUCUGGGCAGUGUCUGAGCUUUUUUAGUCAUUAAAUACAGGCUGUAAUUCUGCCAUCAAGUUGGUGAUGAUGUGAUUGUUAGUUGCUGUGUGUCAUCUUAAAAUGUAGGCUCUGGUUGUAGUGAUUUUGUUGAUGCAUCUGGCUUUGUGGGCUGUGCUGACAAUUAGGGGAUGCUGAAUCUGUUGUUGAUGAUUGUAGCAGAGCAAUUAUCUUGUCUUUAUUAUAGACACACAAUGACUCACCAUCAGGAUACUGUUUCUCCUCUGAGAUCAGGGUCUGAUGCAGACAGCUGACGUGUUCUGUAAUUCAGGUCUGUACAUAUCUUUACUGAAUGACUUGUCACAUUAUUUUUGUGGUGAAUGAAUCGAUGAAUCUGUCGGUUUGUAAGAUCUGAAAUAGGGCUGGGCGAUAUGGCCUCAAAUCAAUAUCACGAUAUAUUGAGCAGUUCACCUGGAUAACGAUAAAUGGACGAUAACUACUCCACAAGCUGCUCACCACCUCCCACAUUAACUUUGUCUACUUUAGCCACCGCUUCAGCCGCUCCAACUUUUAAACCGUCCUCCAUCUCCUCACCUGUCUCCCCUUUUUUGUUAUGGACUGGAUGGGGUGGAGUCACGUCUCCGUUGUAGGACAGUGUCUUAAAGGGACAUGAGACCAUAGCCUACCUACACACAUCCAAAAACAACUUUUAUUUAUUUCUUCACAUCCACUUUUACAAUAAUAAUUCAACAGCCAGUAGUACAAUUCAUUUUACAAGAGGUUUUAGUAAACAAUCACCUUUUGUUUUUCUUUUCUUUAUAUAUAUAUAUUUACACAUGUGUAAAUGAAUAAAUCAGACAACCAAAAUUUUAGAAAAUUUAAGAAAGAGGGAAAAACAAAAAAACCAAGACAAAAACAACAACAACCAUAAAAAAACAUCGAACAAACCAAGAGGACGAAAGAAAAACAAACAAACAAAAAUAACAAAAAGAAACAAAAGACAAUACCAAUCAUGGAUUAUAAAUUUCCUUUACAUAAAGAUCCUUCACCAAUUCAUCAGCACAUGCAUAUCUUCAUCAUUUACCUCUGGAUAUCAUUUAUGAUCUCGCUCAGUACCAAAAACAAACAAACAGACAGAACACUUUAUAGGUUAUCAUUCCACUUGUUCUCCACCACCUCCAUUAAUGGUUGCCAUCUUUCCAUAUUUAUUUAUUUAUUUGACACUGAAUAUAUCGAUAUGGGCAAAAUGAUGUUGGUUAUUGUCGUAAAUUUCGGUGUUGAUAAAUUUUUGGUUUAUUGCCCAGCCCUAAUCUGAAAACAAAGAAAGGUCUUUGUGUGCAAGAAAAGAAAAGACAAAAAUUUUAACUUUAUAGUUAAAACAAACAAAAGUAACAAACUAUUAAACCCAAACCAGGACAUGCUUUAAUUUUCGCACUUUGUACAAUUUGAGUGAUCAGCUGGUCCCAGAGUUCUCCAGAUUGAUAAUGAUGACUCCUUAGCUUCCUGUAAGAUGGUUGAAAGCUCUGCACCAGUAAAGCGUGCACUCCUUAGAGAUAAACUGUAGCUUCUAAUGGAGCCUGACCGAUCCUAACAACCUGAAUGUUUUCUAUGUUACUGAACGUAACUGUACUUCCACAGUCUUGCUCGCUCUAACAGAGCACAGCCAUGAGUCAUCACUUGCUGGUUGGCCGAGCAGAGGUGCAGACUGGCAAUGGUGGUGGUAAAGGGGAAAUUAGGCCUGACACAGACUGAUCGUCCUUCCACGCCGCUCCAGCAAAUCAGGUUUAAAACUAAUACUGAGGGACAGAUGAGUGAAUCUGCAGUGCAGUAGACUUCCAGCUGCUCUUUAAAGUCACUCUGUUUGUCCUCAUCCUACCUCUCUAACUGACUGUCACAUUCAUUCACACUGUCAAAGGGAGAAUGUUUAAAAGUGCAACAAGUGAUUAUUUUAAUUUCGCACUUAAUGAUAAUUUCUCAUGAUAGUCUCUGAGGGCUUUUAAUGAUGUCUUUAAGUAUUCUUGUUUACAUACAGACUUUUGAGAUGAUAUAAACAGGAUGAUUUUUUUUUUUUUUUUUAGCUCUAAUUACAAAUAAUCUCUGAACUGCAGCUAAGCUCUCAGUCAGUAUGUGAGUCAGUCUCCUGCUGCAUGUUUCAGUGAACACCUAUUCAUCUUAUUUAUGCCUCAGCCGCUGUGUCACUUCACCAAUGUCUCCUUUUGACAGCUUGCCCUUCACCGGUUUGGAGGUGUGUUUAUGUUUACCAAUCGAACUCAUCAACAUGUCUGGUUUUGUUUGUCGUCUUCGAUUCACCUCCUCCUCUGUAUUUCACCUUUAUCUGUUACCUUCCCCCUUUUUUUCUAUUCCUCCAUCAUUUUCCAUUUCCCACCUGCUUUGCUCCCUGAGCUCGUGACAAAUGUGCCUGUUCAGAGGUUAGCGAAGCAUCUUUAUUCCACAUUCGGCUAUGUCAUUUCAUUUAACCCAAAUCAAUUUUGAUUUUUUGCUGUUUGAGCCAGAGCAGGAGGCUGUUUUCAGGCAAUUUCACCGAAGGUGUUCGUAGCGACACAGGGAGUAAUUUCUGUCCAACCUUUCAUAUCUCUCCUGUCACCCAGAGGAGGGAGAGAGCAGGCAGAGGUGGCGAGGAGGCAGGAGUUUGUGUUGACCUCCCCUCCCUUCAUCGCCCUCAGAGAGAUACCAGCCAGCAGAUCUCUGUGUCUGUCUCUGUCUUGCAACAAGACAUAAAAAAGAAAUAAAAACAGAAAUGCUUAGUAUGGGCGGAGGGGAUCAACCAUUUAUUUCCUGCAGGAUUAAAUGGGCUGUGAAAAGAUUUUCUCUGAGUCUAUGAGACUUUCCUCCACUCCUCCCCUCCUUCUGCUUUUAUUUGGGUGUAAUUUUUCAAUGCAGCCAUCUGUGUGUUGUCAGACUGGGUGAGGGUGGCGGAGAGCAGGAGUGGAGGUUAGUGUGUCUCCAUUGUUGAGAAUGAUUGAACUCCUGAGCUUACCUGAUGUCUGUCUGUUGAAGAUAUUAUGUUUUUCUUUGUUUACUCUUUAAUCUGGGUGGUUGUGCUGCUGCUCGUCAUUCAGGCAUGAUUGACUGGAAACAAAAUCAUAAACGCAUGGAUGAUAGACAUUUCCAUUUUUAUCAGUUUUGCAGUAAAUGAGUCCAAACUAGUGGUUGGAUGUGGGAUGUGAAGAAGACCAAGGUUACAUGAACACAGUGGAAGUCAGUGGAGAGAUGUAAGAAUAGGAGAGAUUCAGGACUGACAGCUGGCUUCAGUUGAUAACUGCUGCAUUAUGAUCCAACUGGAAGCAGUAAAAGUGAUUGACACACAUGUGCAAAGGGAAUUACAACAGUCAAAAACGAUAGAAAAUAAAAGUAAAUGAAGCUCUUGAUCUGAUGUUAGCAGUUCUUCUAAGCUGCAGGAAAAGAAUUGAACAACUUUGGUAAAGUGAUGAUUGAAAGUCAUUUGUUGGUCAAACUUCAUACUCGGAAUGGGUGAUAUUGGCAAAAAAAUUUAUCAUGAUAAGUUUUGCCAUUCUGCCGAUAACGAUAAAAGUCCAGAUAAAAAAUAUUAAAAUUCCAAUCUGUGUUUUUGACUCAUUCUGUAUUGAGGACACCAGUUGGCGUAGGCAAAUAAGAUACUUAACUACAAGUUUAAGUGGUAGGUUUUAGAGAUUCUUAUUCUGAUCUGUUUGAGCUAUGGCUGCAAGUCCGUCACUCGUCUUACAUAAUCCACUUGCAUUUAUCACGUUUAUCGUGAGAUGGCAAAUAUUUAUUGUGGAGGAAUUUUCUGACGAUAAAUCAUGAACGAUAAUUUAUCAUCCCAUCCCUUCUUCAUACCAACUUUUUUGACAGUGGAUUUGAUGUUAAGUGGUGAGUGGCCAGUAAACUGUUGAAUAGCAGUGGUGAGGGUGUCUUGUCCUGUUGACAAUAUUUCAGUUUUGUCAGGGUUUAGAUGAUAGGAGUUUGGUGACAUCCGCUCAUCAACAGCAGCAAGACAAUAAUAGAGAGAGGACUGUUGAUUCAUGUUGUUUAGAGAGCACGGAGGCAGGAAAUAAAAACUGAGGGUGAUUUUCUGGUCAGGAUGCCGAGUACUGAAAAUGCUGAACUGCUUUGGUUCUUUAAAGAGAAAUAAAACAUAAUUGUGUAGACACAGGCCAUGAAUCUUAACUUUACCGUGAAGGCAUUUUACAUUCAGUGACUUUUUAAGAUGUAUCGUAUCGUGAGUUUCUUUGCUUUUCCCAUUCUUGUUUCAAACCGCAGAAUUUACACAAAAUCUGGGUUUUGAUAUUAAAUAUUAAACCUUUCUUUACAUUAUUGGUACAUUGUUUAGCCUCUGUGGUUUAGACUGAAAUAUCCCAACAAAUAUCAGCUGGAAACAUUUGUUUAAUCCAGAAGAUGAACCCCACUGACCUUUGUGAUCCUUUAACUUCCUGUCCUCCAGUACCGACAUGAAGUUGAUAUUUAUGAUUAACUUUUAAAAAUCCUAUUUAGCUGGGUAUGAACCCUGAACACACUUUGGUGGUAGUUCUGAUAAUCAUACAUCCAUGCAUGUUAGCCUGCUGGUGUUUAAGUCUCUGUUGUGUCUGAACUUUACUGUUGUUGGCUCGUAGUCUUCUUUUCUCUCUCUACUCUUUGAAUAAUGAGGAACAAGUUGAGAUUUUGAAAGAUGUACAAGACUGAAGAAGACCUUAAAGUUGUACCUUUUUUUGCUCAUAGUCCUAUCUAAGAGUACCCAGAGCUAUUCUCUUUUUUGACCCUAGUUUUGAUCUCAAAAAGCUCGCCGGAUUUUUACCACAAUUUUUCUGUUACCAAAACUUGGACAUUGUCUUAUUAAAACACAAAACAAGCCAUCAAACAAGGAGGAGUGGUCCCAUUUCAACCUGUAUUAACUAAAUAAUUGUGCUUUAACAUUUCUUAAACAUCUUUUGUCCUUUUCUUAAACUCUCUGGACAUUUCCUGUAAGCUACAAAGUAUUUAUUUGAAAAGAAACAGAAUCUGAUUUGAUUUGACAGCUUAUACCUAAAACCUAUUUUAACCUCAUAUUUCUUUUAUCUAUACUGUGAGUUGUUUCUCCUGUAUCUUUGUGUAUUUAUUUAUUUAUUUUAAGUGACAUUUCCUGAUAUCUGCUGCUGAUCUUCAACAGUAUGAACAUGGAGACACACACAGCAAGACCAAAAUCUGUGGGGCAUUAAUUACUGAAUAAAAGAUGAUCUUGAGCAUGAGGAAUCAAGGUCAAAGCGUGUCCCACUUCUUCUCUGCUUGUUUGCCUCAGAGCUGAUAUCAGCUGAGCGUUCAGCAGGAAGCAGAUGGAGAGUGCUGGGUGUCUAUACAUCCCACCAUGGCUGCCCUCCACAUGGGGUCCCAGUACACACCUCUCUCUCUGUCUUAGUGCCUCUUGAUCAUGCUGCUUUAAAACUGUGAGGAUGAAAACAGAAGAUGGUUGAUUAUCUUCUGCAGGGUGUAAUCUGCUGCAUGAGGCUGUCAUACAAAGUAUUUGUAUCAUUUCCUCUCUGUUCCUGAUGUCUGCUAUACUGAAAACCAUCUGGUUUAGUCAAGAUCUCCCCCCUGCAUGGGAAUCUGCUGUUAAACUCUGCCUAACCAGCAUUUAUUGGAGGUGGGCUGAUGACCUUGAAAAUUUCACCUCAGCAGUUACUGUCUUUAAAUUUUCUCUGAGCUGUUUUUCGUUCUAGGCUAACGUUUUCUCCAGAUGGGAUCUAAAUAGAUGUGACGUAAAUAUAAUGAUACAUAUUAGCUAGAUGCUAAAUUCAAUUUUUCUUGUAUAAAGCUUUUUCCUUCUCUUAGUGGUGAAAUAGUAUAUUACAACAGACUUUAUGUUAAGUUCAUGAUGACAAGAAAGUGUUGUGCAGAUUUGAAAAGUGAUACCAGAGCCUGUGUUGGCAGGCAGCAGAAAGGAACCAAACUGGUCACUUUGGACUGCUGUAAAACUUUAAUUAUGAAGCUUGAUGUUCCCUUAAAAAGUUAAGUGAGUUAUUAUGAAAAUUUAAAAACUAGAACUCAGGCUUAAGUUUCCUUUUCACCAUGAAAAGCAGACGAAACAGUCUCCUUUAUCAACUCACUAAUCCCUGUCAUGAAACAUCUCUUUCCGCUAGGGCUGGGUGAUAUGGCCUCAAAUCAAUAUCACAACAUAUUGAGCAGUUCACCUCGAUAAUGAUAAAUGGACAAUAACUACUCCACAAGCUGCUCACCCCCUCCCACAUUAACUUUGUCUACUUCAGCUGCUGCUCCAGCCGCUACAACUUUUGAACCGUCCUCCAUCUCCUCACCUGUCUUUCCCUCUUUGUUACGGACUGGAUGGGGUGGAGUCACGUCUCUAACGUAGGACAGCGUCUUAAAAGGACAUGAGACCAUAGCCUACCUACACACAUCCAAAACCAACUUUAUUUAUUUUAACAUCGAAUAUAUUGCCAUGGGCAAAAUGAUGUUGGUUUAUUGUUGUAAUUUUCGGUAUCGGUAAAUUUUCGGUUUAUGGCCCAGCCCUAGUUUCAGGUUACCAUUUUCCCUAGUUGGGAUCUAAAUUGAUCUGAUGUGAAUAAUAUGAUACAUAUAAUGAACAACUCUGUUGGUCACAAAUAAAAGCACCUUCUGUUGCACUCCAGGUUGUUCAUUGUCUUUGAUUCUCUAAUUAUAGAUGCCGGCUGGACAUUCGUUGAUGUGUUGUUGUUGGGGUGUGUGGCAACAUCUGGUAAAACUGUGUGAAGUGCAAAUAUAGCUCUUAGCGUGGUUCUGUGUUUGUAUCUGGUAGCUUUCCUUUGCCUCGUAAAUAUAACACAUUUUAAGUCUUAAAAUUUUAAAGAUAAUUAAAACUGUGAUCAAUCAUGAUCACAUUGUUGAACCGACUGAAAGCACCAUAUUUUAGAGAUUUGGUCUCUCCGCAUCCUUCAGCGUUCUCACUUUCCUCUGUGCUGGACUAACCUGCUCUACUGAACAGAAUGCUGUCUGCAGGGGCCUGGCUGUCCCACUGCUGAGCCAAUUAACUAGGUGUGAGGGGUGUGUGUAUGUGUGUGCUGUGUUUCUCUGUGUGUGUGUUGCUCCUGCUGGAUGCCAGGUCAGCAGGCCUGAGCAGAGCCUGUGCCAAUAAAAGGGGAGGCCUGUCGUUAGUAUAUACACACACACACACACACACACACAUAUAAACACACCGCACUCUGUAUGAGGGCAGCCCUGGGGAAACACUUUGGCAUUAUAGACUCAUUUGGAAAGGGCAGGAUCAAAUUUGACUGCUUUUCCAAGUGUUAGUGUGAGUUGGGGGUCAGAAGGUGUAUGUUAAACUGCCUUCAUGACAAUCUUAACUUCAAAAGUUAAGGAGACGUGUUUCCAUCCUGCAUUAGUCAUUUCAUCUUUGAUUUGUACAUAAUGUGAGUCCCAAACUGCUGCAAAGUCAUAUUCAGAUGGUGAAGAGUUUAGUGUUUGAUUUGGAUUUCAGUGCAGGAUGACAUAUUUUGUUUCUCAUUAGUGUUUCCACUUCUUUCCAUUGUUCAUAUUGGAGGGUAAACAGACAAAAGAUACUGCUUUGUAGUACGAGUUAUUGUAUUCAUCUCACAGAUCAAACUAAAUAAAUAACUGGUUACAAAUGAAGCUUGUCAACAGCAGCAUGGGACCAAAGACUGCUCAGCCAAUCAGAGCCAAGAAUCCCAACUUCCUCUCUCACAAGCUCCGAUCAUCUCCUUCGUGGCCUCCUGUUGUAGCUCGACUCGUUCCCUCUAUCGAUUUAUCUCCCCCUGCUGUCCUCCCCCACCUCUCUUGUCACCCCUCCUCCUCCUCCUCCUCCGUGUUUCCUUCCUCUGCUCCCUCCAUCCUCUCGGUUUAUCCUUUGAAGUCAUUUGUUAAGCUCUACUUUGUUCUCCCUCAGGAGCUCCUCGUCCUACACUGAAGGUGUCUCAGGAGGAGCAGUUUUAAAGGCAGGACUUUCUGAAGGCUUGUUUAUGUGCAGUUUGCCAGACUUCAAUCCUGCAGUUUAUUGUCAGAGGGCGAAGAGAAGACUGAGCAUUUUACAGAUUGUAACAAGGAGCCCAAGGGCGACUCACUUAAACUGUGAUGUGAAUAAAGAAAAAUAGGUCAGACAGUUUGAAGAAAGAAUCUCACCUUCCUCUCUGAUGCAGUCUUCUUCUUCUCCUCUCUUUUUUUUCUUGACAGAUCGCUGUGAACCUCUGAGUGAAGAUGGCCGUCUUUCAGAACAACUUCUGGGUGAGUGUCUUGAUGACGACAGUAAACGCACCAACAUAUGACAGAGGUUUCACAAAGGAACACCUGCAUUUGAUGGCUCCUUCUUUCAGGCUUUCGUACGUCAAGCUUUAACUGCCACAUAUUACCGCUUCUCGUAAUUAUAGCCAUAAGUUAUGAGUCACUAAGGUUUCAUUUAUAUUCCCAGCUUGAAAAGCCAAUUUCCUGGUUACCUGCAGCUUGCCAGGUACUUGCAGGAAUUGCUUGUUGUCUCGCCCCUCACCUCACUUGCAAAUGAAAGAGAUCAAUUUUGCAUUCAGCAGUCUUUUUUUUUUUCUUGCCGCCACCCGGAAACCAAUCUCAUUCAGCUUAUUCUUGUAUGGAGAGAUUUCCCCCCGCAGUGUUACUGAAUGAAAAGGGCUGUUUUCUCAAGCAAUUUGACAUAUGUAUAACUCGGUAUCACAGUCUCAGGACAUAUGCCACAAGAUUCUUGAAGCUGAAGUUCUUUCACUGACUGGCGUUGAUGUGCAUGUUUAGCUCCUAUUUAAUAAUGAAAAUAACAUUCACUGCUGUUAACUGUUGCUGGGCAACAUGAGCUCAGAUAAUUGGAAAGAUUUCAUGAACAUUUGACCUCAAUUACAGUAGUGAGGGCUUGUUUUGUUUUUGAUUGAAAAUAAUUGAAGGAAACACUCUGAUGAGCUCUUAUUCAGAGAUGUGAUUAAAUUAGAUAAAAGAGCAGGGAAAUCCUCCCCCAACACAUGCAUGGUGUCAUUAUCUGUUUCGGCAGUAUUUUAAGAUGAUAAGACGGAGUUUCAGUAGUCAAAAGCUGCAAACAGCUCAUCCAUGCAGAGUAAGGUUAAUGCACUCAAGUAUGACAUGGCUGUAAUUUUUAUUUCAUGCAUCAUAAAGAAAGGAAAAAAAAUCUUGUUCAUAACUCAGACCAUGAUUAAUUUCUGUAACACAAAACAUCAUGCAGUGCAGUCAUGCAGAAAGAGGGGAUUUUUCUCUCUCUUAUCAAUGGGAUCUUGAAUUUGAUGAAGUGGGAGGUUGCAAGAAAGUUUCAGCAAUGUGGGCCAUGCCUAACCAUGAUGCAUCUUCACGAAACGCACAGACAUACAAAGAAAAAGCAUAAACGACUUGAUUAUACAGUUAAUUUUAUAAAUGUAUAUAAAGCCUCAAAGUUCUGGGCUUAGAUGGUAUCCAGGGUAUUUACAGCCUUUUUUUAUGAAGACAAACAGAAACGAAGUGCUGAUCCAAACUGGAUCAGACUGUUUUAGCUGAGCUGUUAGCUGGCAGCUAAUGUUGUGUCGUAUAUAUUGAAGUGCAUCAGAGCCUGUAAAUAAACACAAACAGCUGUCAUAGCUCACAACUGCCCAUUUAGAAAUAUCAGACUUGGCCAAGACUCUGUUGGUAAGAGACUCUGAAUGUCAGCUUUUCUUAGUUUUCAAUAAAAUGUACAGCCCUACUCUUAACAAUGUGCACAGGUGCAGUUAAGGCUGGGUGAUAUGGGAAAAAGUUUAUCACAAUAUAUAUUUUUUUAUAUCAUUCGAUAUCGAUAUAGAUCACAAUAUAAAAAAAUCACUUGCCAAUCUUAAAUGUUCCCUGUUACUUUUACAUUUAACAUGUACUUGACAAAAUUUGCAGUGCACACUACUCUGCUUCUUGUCCGACCUCAAAAACCAAAACACCUCCACACCACUGACAUUCUUGUGCCAGUGUUGCAGACGAUGUUUUCAUCUGCAUUUCUGGGGGGGUGUAGCACUCAUUUUCUUUUUUUCUCACUGACAGUGAUGGCGGCUUCACGUGUUAAAGUGCUAUGGUUGCGUGUAGCUGCAGUCUGCUACUAUGCAGUUGUUCGCUACUUGGUUCCAAUUCGGCACAGAGCAAAUCCCCUUUUCAUUGGCUAUUCGUAUAGUCUACUAAAACAUGGCAGAAUGCCGGCUAUCCAAAAGCAUAUUGACCAUGUUUAAUAUCAGUAUCGAGGGAAAUUAAUUUUUGAUAUAUAUCAUUAUCGUUUUAUCGCCCAGCCCUAGGUGCAAUAAUGAGUUCUGAUUCCUGUGAGAUGCAGUUUAAAAAAAGUGUAGACAAGUCAACGUCCUUUAGCUAAUGCAAACCCAAGGAGUUCAGAAUCAUAUCUUAACAAAAAUUAAAUAAAAUAUCUGCAGCUUUAAACUCGACUUCUGAACCGCUUCUGUUUGUUUGCCUUAAAUCACCUCUUUACCUACAAUACAAACACUGAGACACACUCUGUUGGGUUGUGUCUCCACAGCCUGUUUCAUGCUUAAACUCCUGACGUAUCAAGAUCAUUUUAGGGCAUCCAAUGUUUGGUAUUUUUGGCAACUUCCUGUUCAGAUAUGCAUCUCAGUGGGAGAUUUUCUUUGUCAGACAUGGAGUUCAAACUCAGUGUACUCCAGCUCACUUUCAAUGGGAGGGAGUGGUUCUGGGGAGGGCAUGCAGAGGAAGAGGAGGAGAUUUUCAUAAUGGUGGUUGUUCCUGUGUGUACGUCACAAUGUUAGUGUGUGAGGAUGCUUCUACAAUCCAAACACAACAGAAAACACAAUACCUUCAGAGCAUAUCCAGCAAAACUCCGCCCACUCGCUGGCUGUGAAUUUUUCUGACUUUUCAGCCCACCUGCUGAAGUCCAAGUUUUCCUGUCACCUUUUCAGAUCUGUUAUUAUGCCAAACAAAAAAAAUAAUAUAGCAUCCUGUAGGAACCACCACUUACUGCCUUUUCAGUCUUUUCUCAAGAAGUUUGGAGCUGUAAUACAGAACUUUUUAAUGUCUAUAAAAGAACAUUAUUAGUUGAACUGAUUUACUGUUUUAUGUACAUUUCUCUGAGGUCUUGCUCUUUCUCUCUGCUCCCUCUCUGCACACCUGGUACUGCUAUUUCAAGUGUGCCCUACUUCUUUUUAACCUUGCCUUGUCAGACUUGAGAAAGACCUCAGUUGUAUUCAAACAGUUGAACUAAAAGAAAUAAGGGGCAAAAUUGAGAUUCAGGACAUAAAAUGAUCAUUUCUAACUGAUGGAGCAUUAAAGGUCUCAGAUAAGAAUAUCAAUAUCACCACCUCGAUGAGCCCUUUCUAUCCAGGGCUUUGAUAAAGAGUUUUUGCCCGUGGAUCAGUCUCUGCUCAUUUAUCAAUGUUGGAUAUCUUGUGAUGCAUCAGUAUGAAUUUGAUUUAUGGCAGACUCAGCUCCACUUUCAGUCUUUGAACAGCACACAGUCUGAAAACCAAGUAGGCAAAGGUCACAGAAGGGUUGAAUUUAAUACUUUAUCUAUUUGUAGCUGUGUUUCUGUGCUUAAAGUCAUUAAAUUAUACAGAACCAUUAACCAUUUCCUUUAUAAGCCGGCAGCAGGAGCUCUGAAGCACACUGCUUUAAAAGUUAUAUUAGCCAGGCUGGGAAAGUUUUCUGCUGAGAAGAGAACAGACUCGCUUUUGGACAUUUUGAAGCCUGCCAGGAAAUUGUCCACUUUUAGCAAGAAUUUACCAUUGUUUGAGUCCUGGUUUGGCUCAGCAGUUUUAGUGUGCACCCUGUUUAGAGUGACUGUAGUCUCUCUCUAACAGAAUUUACUGAGGUUCCUGCAAGUAGAAGAAGUUGGUGGAGGAAGAAGCUAUAAACCCUGUUUUUUGGCAUUUCCAGAGAGGGCCUAAAUUAGGUUACCGAGAGUCGGCCAUUGUGUGUAUAUCUUACUGUAUAAGAUUAACACCCGUCAGUAAAGUGAAAAUCUUUAUACACAUAGGCUACUGGAACCUCUUUUCUGUUUCAUGUGGAUUGUAUUUUGAUUGAUACAACUCUAGAGGUGGGACUUGAGUAUCGCAUCAAAUCACAUCAUAUCGUAAUGUAUCGCAUCAUAUCAAAUUGUAUGGUAUCCUAUUGUAUCCCAUCAUAUCGUAUCGUAUGAUAUCAUAUUGUAUUGUAUUGUAUUGUUUCGCAUCAUAUCAUAUUGUAUCGCAUAAUAUCGUAUCGUAUCCCAUUAUAUUGUAUAGCAUCAUAUCGUACCGUAUCGCAUCAUAUCGUAUCAUAUUGUAUCACAUCAUGGUGUAUUGUAUCGUUACGCAUUGUAUCGUUACGUAUUGUAUCGCAUCAUAUCCCAUUAUACUGUGUAGCAUCAUAUCGUAUUGUAUUGUAUUGUAUUGUAUUGUAUCGCAUCAUAUUGUACCGCAUUAUAUUGUAUCGCAUCAUAUCGUAUCAUAUCCUAUUGUACUUUAUCGUAUUGUAUCGUAUCGUAUAGCAUCAUAAAGUAUUGUAUUGUAUAAUAUUGUAUAAUAUUGUAUCGUUUCGUAUCACUUCACCCUUGUGAUUGGAGCAGGGUUCAGUUAGUCAUUGGCCCGUCUGAAGUAACUUUGCUCUAACAAUGGGCUUGGCCACACCUCAUUUUUAUGGACUGCAGUCCAAUGCAUUAACACCAAUGCCCCUCACAGAGCACUGACAAAUGCAUCAGUGCAGAACUGACAAUAACAGCGGCGUUGUGUUGUGCUGUCCUCUUUUGUCUUAAUAACUCCAGCGCUUAAAAAUAAAGCUGAUUAAACGAGAGCAAAGCUUUGUUAUUGAAGGUCAGGCAUUUAAUAGACAGUGGCACUCCAAACUCACACACUAUGCAGAUGUGUUUUCAAGUAGUGAUUGGUAUUUCAAGCUUUGUAGUUCUUGCUGGUAGUUUGUUGGUACUUAAUUUUGUGGCCUCUGAAUGUCUUUUGAUGAUCCAUAGAUGUUGCAGUGUUUUUGCUUGGGGCAAAGUAAGAGACAGGCAGGUCUGUAGGCAGGGAAAAAAGAAAGGAAAGGAGAGCAGUGUGGUGUGGCAGGAAGCAGGCAGACAGGCAGGGAGUCAUGCUGCAGAACUCCAGCCAGACAGGAAGACAAGGUUAGAGGACUGAUCUGCUCCCGUUUCAUCAAAAAGUCACCAAACCUACCUCUGAAAUACAUCUAUAUCCUCUCCAUCAAUGAUAAUAUGUCAGUUAUGAACUUUCAUGUGUGUUUAUGUAUUCAGGACAGCGUCUUCCACCCAGCCUGCUUCCAGACACAAAUAGCUGUGUCGUACAAAUCGUCCCUUCAGUUAAUUAGUAUCACAGCCACUUGGGAACGAGUCACACACAGAGCCCUGUCUUGUUUGGCUCAAGAACAUUCACAGCCGCUCACAAAGCCUCCUCAUUGCACGCUGUCCUUUCCCAUUAACUAUAUAAGAGCUGUGCUCAUGGCCCACAGGGGGAAGCCCAUCAACUAUAAUUAAGUACAUCCUCACUAAAUUAAAGCACUGUUGGGUCUAAGAAGCUGAAUUACUCAAAGGAUUGGGACUGCUUAAUUUUUCUUGGAUCUAGAUUUUCCUUUUUAGGAAGGCUUUUAUCCAACACAGUGUAAUAUCCUUAAGAGAGAUGAGUAAAGCUUUUCUUUUAUAAAUGAUAUAUUUCAUUUGGCUCCAUGACACUUUCUUUUAUAUUAUCCUUUUUCCUUGAGCUGCUUUUGUUCAGAGUGUAUAACCAACCCAGCAAACCAGUGCCAGGGGUCUGGGACUCUUUUCUGGCUCUGACAGCUCCAAGUUUACAGCCAAGUAAUUUUGGGUGUUUGGUUGCCUGGAAGCGUUUGAAAAUGUACCAUCAAAGCAUGGUAUUAACUUAAUGAACAGGGCUGUUAGAGGCUGUUUUAUACUGUCUGACAUAAAAUUUGUUGUUUGUUAAGGGUGUGUCAGGCAGCAACAAACCUGCACUGAAAUGUCAGAGGUGGCGCAUGAACACAUUGUUGUGUUUUCUCAUUGUUCUCUGCUUAAUAGGUGGGUUUAUAUGUAUUUAACUGACUCUUAGUGAAAUCCUCAACAUACACAUCAAACAAAAUCUCUGGGAUUUGCAGUAAUUUGGGAAAACAGGUCACAUUUAGUCACUUAAAUGUAAAUCCCAACAACCCACCUAACAUGUCUAAAGGUAAGACAACGCUCCAAAUUUGAAUGUAUUCAACACGUCUAACAUUAGCAGAGCUAGCACCACCAGCCUCUAGUCCCCUUGGUGGGUUUGGACGUUCACAUGCCUGUGCUAGUUAUGAACUGUUCUGUAUUCAACACAGGCAUGUGACCACUCUGGGCAAGUAGUCACAUGCCUGUUGAGCCUGACACCGCUUGCAUAAAACUUCAUCUCCAUUUUCUGGAUUAAAUACUGCCAAAACCUGCUGCACCACAAGAUGUUAACUUUCCUGUGCACUUGUGAACAUCUGGGUAGAUGAGCAUUGUUGCAUUUGGCGACAGCAUAACCAUUUUUUGAGGCCUACAACAAUUAAAAAUGUCAACAGACUGUUUAGCUGACUGGUAAAACCAUUUCAAAAUGCUGCACAAUAUAUCUUUGAUUUGAUUGGCUGGUCGUACUAUGAGUGCCAAUUGAUAGCUUUUUCCUCUGGCGAGAGCAACAGCUGACCGAUGAAAGCUUAGAAAGUUUGAUACAGAGUGAAGACAUCAUCUCCCAACCUAAAUAAAUCUUUGUUAUUCGAAAAUUUAAAGAGGUAAAGUUUGACGGAAAUAUCAACAGCAAAGGAGAUGUGUAUGUACAGAAACUUGUUCUUUUCUACGCCUAUCCAACAUGAGCUCUGUCAGGUUUAGAAAUAAAAAAAUCAUCCGUUUUAUAGUCUUGUCCUUGUGGGUCAUCAUAAAACACAAGAUUUAUAGUUUGCACAAUGCAAAGAAAUAAAGGCAAGGCAGCUUUAUUUGUACAGCAUAUUUCAUACACUGAGGCAAUUCAAAGUGCGUGACAGAGUCAAAAACAAAUAAACAAAAGUCAAGAAAUAAAACUAUAAAGAGGAGGUGUAUGGUUGAAGGUGACUCAAGUAGAGUUAAAGACAAACAUGGUGGUUUUAAAGUAAAAAUAGAGAAAUAGAAAAGGCCGAAGAAGCAGUCUAAAGAAAGAAUCUGUUUCUUGGCUAAAAGAUGGUCAGAGUCACGGCAGUAAACCUGGUGGACUGUUGUAGCGCUAAUGAUAGACCACUUUAUUGAGCCACAGUGUUGCUCGGGUGCGGUGUUUCACUUUAUCUUUUUGUAGUCGGUAAACAAGGAAUCAGACAAUGUUUUUCUUUUCAACUGAGACACCUCUGGGCCAUUGUGUCUGAACUGCAUCACUGCAGACAGUGGCCUCAUUCUGGUGGGAUUUAAGCAGGGGGAAAUUACCACCACAUAACUGAGCAUGUUCAGAGUCAAUAUUCCCAUCUCUGCUCUCAGUGCAGACUCUGUUUCCUCUUUCUUCAGUGGUGAAUGGACCACGAACAAUCCAAGUCUGCAAGGGGAUUUAAAUGAAGUGUUUCAAAGAAUAGCUGAUAGAAAAGCAAGCUGUUUAAGGUUGUUCGGUGUACAGCAGCAUCAUCUCUUUUUUGAAACAGCUCCUUCUCUGCAGGCAGAUAAAGGAGUGUGCGCUCACAGACACACACACACUCACAAAAACAACAACGCCCAGUGGGUUUUUAUUAUUGCCAGCUUCUCGGUUUAAUGAUGCCAACGCUGCUGCCCUCCCCAUCACUUUGAGUCAUGGUGUUUUCUCUCGGGGUUACAAACAGUAAACAAACAGUGUUGAACCUUUUCUCCUCCCAAGUUUUCCUGUCUCUGUCUACUCUUACCUUCUCCCAUAUAUCCCCAUCCUUGUGUCUGCCUUUUUUCUUCUUACUCUAUUGUUCUUGUGGAUCCUGUCAGUACUAUCAGAUUGACAAAAAGCUGAUGAGUCCAUAGCUAUGUGAGGUAAAAGAUGGAUACCCAAAACAAAAUCAUUUAAUACAAGUAGGGCUGGGUGAUCAACAUUUACUGAUACAGAUAUUUACGACAAUAACCAACGUCAUUUUGCCCAUGUCAAUAUAUUAGGUGUCAAAAAGAUAAAUAAAUAAAAAUUGGUUUUGGAUGUGUGUAGGUAGGCUAUGGUCUCAUGUCCCUUUUAAAGGGAUAUUCCAGCGUAAAAUUAAUUUAGGGUCAAACACACUGUGACACCGAGUUAGACACCCCCUCGAGAGAUGAAUGUUGCCGACCGCUUGCUUCUCUAGUUAAACCAACUUUAGUAAGGUAGGGAUGGGUGAUAUGGAUUUGACGCCAUAUCGCCCAGCCCUACAUACAAUCCUGAUUUUUUCAGCAUUUAAUUGAUUGAAUUGAAGCUUUAAUUUUCUGUAAAUAAAUGUUAUCAUGUGGUGUGGCUAUUUCAUGAACACAGAGUCAUUUAAACUACAUGUAUCACUCAGGAAACAAAUGUGUCCAUCCCUCCUCUUCCUCUGUACAAAGUCUGCAGCAAAAGCACGAUAGACCAGCAGAAGUGAAUCCCACUCAGCAAAUGGGUGUGGAGUCGUCAGUGAUGACAGGCUGCAGCUACCUGCUGCUGAUGUUAUUGACACCUUUCUGUUGUGGGACUGUUGUUCGGCUCAACCUGCUCAGUCAGCAGAAAAAACUUUAGUGAGUCAGCAAAACUCGCAGCAGCACUGACAGACUGUCCAGUCAGCCUACUGGGUGGCUGCUGAUUUACUGUCUGAUGGAUGGGUAGAUUGCUUUCAGCUUUUCUAUACAAGGAGUAACAUUGUGCAGCGAACAGAGUUAGAACCUAUUUAACAUGAACGAUUCUUUUGCAGCACGUCGUAACUGUAGUAAGAGGGAAAGAAAAACCUGAUUUAUGUGCGAUGAGUAUCAAUGCACAAUAUAAUCAGGAUCAUCUCAGCACUGACAGAUAAUAGAUUUAAAAGUUAACUAUCGGUAUUUAAAAACUUCUGCAAUAAUGUCCUUUUGAGAAAACUUUGUACCGUCAUUAAAGUACAAACUAACAUUUUGACACCUCUGGGAGUUUAUAUUUGUACAUGCUUGAUUCAAGUGCAUCCAACUUUAAAGCGUCUUUGUUUGAAGAGCUUCAAAUGAAAUGUGCAAACUUAAAGCUCCUGUGAGGAUUUUUUUUUAUAUUUAUGAAACCGACAAAUUAAUUUCCUUGAUAUUCAAAAGCACCCAAAGACCAACAGCAACAAGACUGAUGAAUUUUAUUUACUAAUCUUUAAUGCCAGGAAACAAUGUGAAGGGGAACAUGUCAGCCAAGCAGCUGAAAAUACAUCUCUGUUUUUACAAUUUUUCUACUUGAUAAAUUCAUAAUAAAUGAGAAGUUUGACUGUCAAAGGUCAGCUGGAUUAGAUUUAGUUCAGUCCACAGAGUGUGCAUGACAAAAGUGGCACAAACUCAAAGUUCCUUACUGGAGCUUUAAGUCUUACAUUAGAUUUUAUACUUUUGUACAAUCACAACAUUUCUGUGAACAUAUGAUGCUGAUAUAUAUAAAGCACACUCGUAUUACUAUAAAUAUUAAGGCUGAAGAUGCACGUUUAAGUAAAUGUCUGUUGUGCUUGCGGCAUUUAGCACAACAAUGACUUGGUAGAAUUGGAAUAUAAUGUUCAUAAAUAUAUUUCAAUGAGAGUAAAUAACCCAAAUAAAAAUCAUUUGUUUUUGUUUACUUCAAAUGAGUCUUUUAUGUUAUCGCAGGAGUGGGUCCACAUACAUGGUGACCUCCAUCUUGCACUGCCGCAUUUCCAUUUUAGCACAGAGCAGACAGUAGUAGCAAAUGCGUUUCUUUUUAGUGAGUGGCUGUGAAAAACGCGCUUCUUUCUAGCUAGAUUAAAAGAAGAGGAGAGUAGUAGUCAUUUGAAUUGAUGCGUGAUAAACUUGACAAAAGGACAACCAUAUUCAUCAUCGAUCAGGAACUUCAUGUUCUCAAAGGUCACUGUUGUUGAGUAAAGAAGCAUUUCAGAGCAGAACCUGACCACAAGGCAUUGCUAAAUAUUCCUAUUUCUACACACUGACUGUACCUUUUAAAAAACAGUCUUAAAGAAGAAUGAACGCCUCUAAAGUUAACAUGCUAACAGUGUUGUGUUCGCAGUAGAACUAUGCUUCUUCAAAAGUACAUAAACAACUUAGAAAUCCUACACUGAACUAUAGAACAGGCUUCUAUGCUCUGUUUCCUCUACGUAAAGGAAAGCAUAGUUCCUCCUUUAUCCAGCUGGUCUUUAGUCUUUUGUUGUGCUCAGCUCUCCUCAGCUCACACUUUCAGUUUCAUAUAACUAAGGAGCUGUAUUACAGAGCAGGAAUGUGCUCAGACACUAGAUCCACUCUCAGACACUCUGUAAAGACAGAUUUCACAAAGAGCCAGAACUCAGACUGCCAAAGAAUGAAGGAUUGUAUUUAAGAGUCUAACCUAAGCAGAGCAUUACUCGACUUUUUGGAUACAAAAGAUGUCGUGACUGGUGUGAAAAAAAACCUCAAACAAAGGAAGAAAGUUUUCGUUUGUGGUUAGGUGAGAGCGCAGACUGAUGCAUGAUACUGAUGACCAAACUCUGACAGAUUAAUAAAUCUCUCUAACUUUUGUGUACCAAGCAAACAGCCAAACAAGUUGCACCAGUUCUCUCGAAUGCCCUUCUUUUGAAUGUCGAGGUGCAGCGGCAGUUUACUCAUUUGGUUCAGAUAUGUCUGAGCUUGUUUCUGCACAUGCGAUCUUCUUUCCGCACGCCUUACAACACCUUUUCUUUGCAGUCACACCUACAGGCCCUCUUGAAAUUUUAAACACAUUUUCAUAACUCCUGUGUAGGUGAAAUCUGUCCUCAGCUGUUUCUAAAUACCACAUAACAAGACUCCUGACUGCUCACUGAGUUUUUCCCUUUCAGAUGUAGGAGGGUUCAUGCUGGUAGUGUAUGAUUGAAAGAGGCGGCUGUCAGUCACUUCGUAUUCGCUGUAGACUUCAGAUGUCAGUGAGAAAAGCAAAAUUUGUAGGUGUAUGUUGGUGUCUCAAGGUGCCUGUUUCACCACCUUUAGGAAUAACAGAUGUUUUUUUUUUCACCUACAAUCUUUUUUGAUCAAAUUUUAAAACAACUUAAAUGUUUUGUUGCUUGGAGCCUUCAGCGCAGAUCCCUUGUUGCCUUCCAGCCUCUCGCUCCGUCUGUUAUUUGUGGUUGACUUCACAUCUGAGAGAUUAAAGGAAACAAUGCAGAUGAAUGUCUUUUAUUUGCUGUUGUGAAGCAGCUGUGAAGCUCACCCUGCAGCCCAGAGUUUAGUUCAUCCCAGGUUUUCUCACCGCCAUUAAUUAGUUUCAUACGGGCCUGAGGGGAAGUCUGAAGACGAGUCCAAUUAGAAUCAAGUGAGACCACUUAGAUGAACCAAACUCUUGUGAGGUGUCAAGCACAACCAGGCACACACCCUCACAUAAAUUAAACAGAAUAAGAUGGAAAGAAGUGACGUCCGCCUUAAACAGAAGACGAUAAAGUUGUCUGAAACCCUGUGAGCUGAAGAUUCAUAAAUCUGGGCUGAGACAUGCGGGCCUUGUUCAGUUUUAAACGUCCCCGCAGUAAAGCUUUUAAAACCUCUGUGUUAUUACAAGAAUAUCCUCUCUUACAUCUUACAGCAGCAGCUCUGAAGCUCUCUGAGCAGCAGUAUAGACAACUUAAUGCUGAGGAUCCAUAAACUGUGCUGUGUUGGACAGAUUUUGCUUUCAGUCGAAAUUAUGAAGCCUGUCGAGUAAGACAGUUGAGUUUUCUUUCCUACACCUUCUUCACUUUUAGACUUUUGUACUAAUUGCCUGUAGAUAAAACCGUAUAAUCAAAAUCUCUAUAAAAAUGUCAUGUCCAAUAAAAUGUUUCUGUUCUGUUUAAUAGACCAAACUGUUUAAUCACACUUUUGACAACGCCUGCUGCUUAGAUGAGGUCUAAUAAACCGAGCAGACGGCCAACAGAUGCCAAAUAAAUCCACUUUAUUUUAAAAUGUUACCCAACUUUACCUCAUUUUUUACAGUUUUUUUUAUUUUUUAUUCUUUCAACAAGAAGAAACAGAACCACAAAUCAGGAAUAAAGCUUUUAGACUAUAAACCGUCUUAAACCCUUUUUACAUUUCUGGUUUUUUAUACUGUUUAAUACUCUGACGCAGGUGUUGUCUGAAACUGUCAGACACGCCACAGAAAUAAACCAGAGCAACAGAGUAGCUCCAGGUAAAAAAGAGGAGUUACUGUAGUCAAAGCCAUCACAGAUUUUCUGUUUUUGACAGAUUUACCUUCAUUUACCAAAACCUGCAGUAUUCAUUUAUUCAUAUUUCUCUCAUAUAUAUUUUAUUCUAAAAAAGUUUGUAAAAUGAUGAUGUGAUCACUGGUUUAUGUUUGUGAUUGGUCAUAUGUUGCUGAAUUUGCUGCAUCCAUGUGAAAGUGCUCACAGUAACUCUUGGUUGGAUUAUCAUGCAGAAUAGAAAACAGGCUGUUUGAGACUGACCUGUUAUCAGAACAUGCCUUGAGUAGGGCUGGGCGAUAUGGCCUCAAAUCAAUAUCACGAUAUAUUGAGCAGUUCACCUCGAUAAUGAUAAAUAGACGAUAACUACUCCACAAGCUGCUCACCCCCUCCCACAUUAACUUUGUCUACUUCAGCUGCCGCUCCGGCCACUACAACUUUUGAACCGUCCUCCGUCUCCUCGCCUGUCUUUCCCUCUUUGACACGGACUGGAUGGGGUGGAGUCACGUCACUGAUGUAGGACAGCAUCUUAAAGGGACAUGAGACCAUAGCCUACCUACACACAUCCAAAACACACUUUCAUUUAUUUAUCUUUUUGACACUGAAAAUACCGAUAUGGGCAAAAUGACGUCGGUAAUUGUUGUAAAUUUCGGUAUCAGUAAAUUUUCGGUUUAUCGCCCAGCCCUACUGACAUGUAUCCUCUGUUUUUUUGACUUGAAACGAAACCUGUUUAACCUCCAGGUUGUUACUAUAUAAUGGAUUUUAAGUUGCUGAUCAAUCUAGAAGCUGUGAAUCGAUUAUAAGUCAUUAUAUACCUUAAGCAACUGCAAUGGGUAAUGUUGGAGGAAUUUGGUGAAUUUUAAGUGGUUAGAUCUGAAUAUUUAAGGGAAGUACUGGAGUAAACCUGGAGUGUCUCCUCCAUUGAAAAGUCCUGAAAGAACUGACCCUUGGCUGAACUCACUUGCUGACCCAGGCUAAUGUGUUUUUUCCUUUAGUGGGACUUGGAUUCGUGUUAUCGGCCCUUUAUGGGUGUAUAGCUUGAACAAUUGAUACACUGCAAAUGUUUUGUGUUUUGUUUUAGUUUUCUUUGAGUGUGAAGCUCAACCCACCUGCUUUUUUAAGUUUAAAUGCCCCUCAGCAGCGAGGUAACGGUGAAAACAAUCUGAGGAAGGAAAAGAGAAACGGGGAUCCCAGCCCUUACACAGUCCGAUGCUGGUGUUUGAUUUACUGAGAUAAAAUGAUAAUUUCCCUGCUGCUAACCAACCCCCUUAACAAAUUUCAGCAGAUCCCCCGCAGCUCUCAGCAGUCUCCAGAAGUCUCAGUCUUCAUGAGAAAGUUGUACAGAUUUUACACCUCCCAUAAACCCCCUCCAUCCCUCUCUUCUCCUCUCCCAUCAUCCCCUCAUUGUGAUGGUAAUGGACUCCAUCGUGCGUGACCAAAACGGUCAACUUAAUUGAUGAAAAAGAGAUCACCAAGAGUGGAGAGAAGGGGGUUUGCAUAAAUCAGACAUGAGGGAUUUUCUUCUCACUGAGGACUUAAAGAACACACCAUGAUGAAACCUGAAGAAGACUGACAGGAGGUUUCAUGUCAUGUUACCCUUAGAUUGUUGGGCAUGACUCAGCAUGUUCAAGUAUCAGCUCACAGAUGUUGCUCAAUCAAAGGCCUGCACACUUAAACAUGCACAAGGUUAGUUCUGGAUCAUUCCAAGUGAAGGAGGACUUGUCGGCGUGUUAAUGCACAUUAAUUUUUGCUGCACCUGCUUGUCUGAGGAGGCAUGUGUUCCCAAACAAUGAGACGCUCUUCUUUCUUCUUCAAAAGGGUGAUACAUUUUUUAUGUAGGUCAGCUAUGAAUCUGCAAUCAGCACUUUUUUUUUUUAAGAAGGUCUUUGGGACACUUUGAUCUAUAGUUAUGAUACUUACUCCGACAGGGUAAGUCUAGAGCAGCCUGUCAAGGAGCUGGACCAAGCCUGGGUCAGCAGCCACAACUAUGAACUUAAUCAAAAACUACUUCUGCUGCUUUUAGAGACCUUUGGCAUCACAAGCAGACUUGCAUUCUGGGAGCAUAAUGUUUAAGAGAGGUGAAUAAGGCACCAGGAGCUCUCUAAGACAUGAUGGUGCCUGAAUAUUAAGAGCUUAGUAAGUAAAGAGUGAAGGGUUUUAAAUUCUCUUAAUGCUGCAGUAAAGUUAAAGCACUCUGCCUUAAAGACCCACUCCGAAGCAAAUGAUGUUUUUCUUGUUUUUUUACAUGUUCGUAUGGCAUUUUUCUAAUACUGCAGGACAUAUCAUGAAAAAAUGUAAGUGCUAAAUUGCAUUUCUGAGUAUUUUUGCAUUCCAAUCGCUGUGAACCUCUGGCAGACCCAAACAGCAGGUUCAGAUCAUAGACUGUAUACAGAAUGGACAGCGUCUGUCUCCUCGCUGGGUGAAGCCAACCCGAGAACAGCACCCUCUGGUGACGGGCUGCAGUAUAGGUCAACGUUUUUUAUCGAAAAUUUAAUUAUCACGAUUUAAAGACCACUGGGAACACUUUAAGUAUAUAUUUAAAAAAAUCAGUGUGGGACUUUAAAAAGAUCUUUGCUUUUUUGAUAUUUAUUAAAGGUUAUUAUUGACUUAUUCUAUUAAUACUGUUUUUAAAUGGGCAACCUCUUACCAUGUAUAGGUGACAGACUUGCCUGCUAGCAGUGCCAGACAGGUGCUGCUGUGGAGAAGCAGGUGUGUAUUGUGUGGGUUUUUCAUACUCAGACUGGCAGCUCAGCUUUCUGCUGCGAGGGUAGAGUUUCAACAAAAGCUCCUGUCAGGGAGAACUCUAUACCGCCUGCAUGACACUCUGAAUACUGUGGAGAAAAUAAUAACACCUGUUGACAUUAUAAAAAAAAAAAACACAAUUGUUCAUCAGGAAGGAGAGGAAACAGUCAGUAACACUCGCAAGACUGACUAGAACUGAUAGUGGGUAUAACUGAGCCAAACAGUAAUUAUUAAGGUUUUAUCUUAAUGAGAUCUUAGCUGUAUUAUCAACAUGAUAACACAUGCAUGCACUAGUUUUAGGGCCACUUUACACAAACACUAACACAUGUUGUCUCAAAUGAAAUUCGUGUUUAAUAAGAUCUGAGAUAAUAUUUCUGUACAUACUCUGACAGGAUUGCCUGAAGCUUAUUUAUCUUGUGUUGCUUUAAACAUAAAAUGUGACAUUUUAAAAACUCCUUCAGAUGAUCUCCUACAGCUGUGAUCAAAAAUGAAGUGUGUUGUUUGGGAUUAAGAUAGACUGUAAUUAAGGCUGACCUUUCGAACACAGCUGAUUUGACAUUUAGUCUCAGUAGCCCCCAAAGUUGUUUUGUUUGUUUUUUAAUAACUGUGGGCAAAAUGCAGAGAGGCAGUUGUGUUUAUAUUUGAUCCGAUGGGAGGUAAAGAUGACAUUUAUCUACUGUUUACAGAUCCUUCAAUAGUUUUCUUCAACAAUAGCAGACCUGGAAAAGCUCGGAUGUUAAGUUUUAUCUUCUUCUGUCUCUUCGGUUUGACCCAAAAUUGAGAAAUAUUCGCCUUGCAAACACAUAGAAGAAGACAAGGAGCAGUUUUGUGAAAAGACAAACAAUCACUUGACUAUUAUUAAAACCUUUUAGCCUACUUGACCAGCUUCUUAAUCAAGUAAUCAUUUUAUCUGGUCUAAUCACACACAGAUUCAAGCCUAAAAAACUGUGUGGUGGCACAAAACGUCACCCUAAAAUAGUCUUUCUUAAAGUUUUGAAGCACUGGUUUUUAAAGGAUGAGGCUCAGUGAAGUCAAUUUCAUCAGCCAACGUCAUGAAACUCACUCGUUUCCUGAGACUCCCCCCAGAUUUCCAGUUUCACUUCUGCAUUCUAGUAGUCCAGGUUUGUCCGACCGUAUCUCUGCCCUGUGUGCUCAAAAUGUAUAAGUGAGUGAGUGUGUUUGUUUGCUUGUCUGGUUUUGGGUGACCCUUCUUUAGCAUUCCAGCCAUUCCCCCGCUACCUGGGAACUGGUCUGUUCUCCUCCGUCUGGGUAUUUUUAGGUCCCGAGAAGCAGCUGUCUGUGUCUCCGUCUGCACACACAGCCGGCCGUCUGUUGACUUAAGAAUGUGGUGAGGCUGGAGAAAUGACACAGGCUAUUCGGGAUGAUGCUGCCUCAGUCAGCAUCUGUCAGGAUUAUAGAGUUUCAAGCGAACACAAAUAUAGUUUAGUGUGAUUAUGUCUGUGAGGUGUGAGGUGAUGCUGUAGUCUGUGGUAAAUACGCUUAAAGCUGCAAGGUUGGCAACUUUUCUCUCAACAGCAUCUCUGCACUCUGUGGUUUUCUCACAUUUUGUCCUGAGUCAUGUUCGCCUUGAGGUUUUGUGCUCGACAGAUGAACAACAAUGAGGAAAGUUUUCAGGGAGUGCAGCAGCAGUUCAGAGGUGGGUGUACAGUAAUUGAACCUAACAGUGAAACAUCAGCAAAAACAAACUUCUUUCAGGUUUGUCCCUCAAACUUAAAGCCCCUGUGAGGAUUUUCAAACUGGUUCUGAAACAGACUGAAAUUAAUACUGAUGCCUCUAUAUCCUAUAAAAGCAGAGGCAAUUUUUCAUGUCUGUUACUGCGGCCUCUGGGUAGAUGUCAGAUAAGGAGGUUGAUAUCCUGCUGCAGAAACAGUCUUAGUUUUACAUUUUCCUCUGGAAAGGUUUACGCGAGGGAUGUUUUUGACUUUUGAUGGACAACAACAUGUAUUUGUUUGACAAAACUACUAAUGCUGGAUGAGGACAACAUCGGUAAAGACAUUAUAUGUACCACUUUGUCCAAAAGACACCCAAACCGAUAGAUAAAUGAAAAUUCCCUACAGCAGGUAACAUCAGGACCUGUCCAUUUGGUUCGAGCCAACAAAUAACCAUGUUUUUUGUAAUUUAUUAUACACCAAAACAAGGGUCAUAAUUUGGUUUUACAAGAUAGGGGUAUGAGUACAUAACCAGAAGACAACUGGUGUUAAUAUAGAAACAAGACUGUAUACAAGACUUGCUAAAUAAGCUCAUUAAUUUGUGAAGUUUCCGGUGAUGGAUUGAUCACUACACCACCUUUAUAUAGUCACAGGGUGUCUGUCACAGUCACUGAGUGAUGAAUAAAAAUAAAACAAACUGUGUUUUACCAGAUCUGCUGUAAACGAAAAAACAAAACUUUUAAUAUCGUUCGCUGGACAUGACCGUCAUAUGUUACAUCUAAGCUGUAGUGCAGCCAUCUGCCACUCGACGGGGCUGUAGCUCCAGUUCUUUGUUAUUUCUGUAAUGUUGUAAUGCUGUACGACGCUGAUGUAAACAACACUUAGGAUUGGUGGCACCGCAGAACUUUGAUGAAAGAGACUUGGUGAAAGUGGCACAUUCAUGUGGAUGUUUAUCUGAAAGGAGGAUUAAAGGUGGGUGGUGCUAGCUCUGCUAACAUUUGCCACACAUGAUAAAACAGAUUCUAUGAUCAUGUGUCAAAUAAGUGUUGACAUUUUCAGAGUGUUUUCUUCCUUUAGACAGCCAGGUAGAGGGCGCUGACGGUCCAGCAGCUCAAGUUCAGCAUGUACAGAGACUGUCGUCCUCAUGGCCGUUGUUACUGGUUCAAUUCAGGUCCCCCAUCGAUCCUCUGCUGUGUGUUUUCUGCUCCACCAAAAAAUGCCCAAAAUACAACUUGAAGACUCGUCAGUUUUAACGAUUUAGAUUGAACUUUGGUGGGUUUGUCAAGGGGUCAACUACACUGAUGUGCAUCUAAACCCUGAUGUAUUAAACAAGCAGAGUGCAUUUAUCACUGAUGUCCUCCCUCUCUCUAAUCUCUUGCCUGCAGUUCAUCAAAUCGUCUCCAACUCUGUGCACUUCACCCACAUUGGUUUUUACAUCAUUUCCAAGUGUUUGUUGAAUGUUGUUUAUGUGACUGAUGGUGAAAUGUUUCCACUGAUAAAUUAAGUUUGAGACAAAUGUGAUAUCCCUGAGCAGAAACAUUAAACAACAUCACUUUUGAGCUUUCUUAUGCUGGAUCUCCUUCGGGUGCUAACAGACGGCGUGUAUGUGUGUGUUUUUUACGCCUUGGCAGGGGGAGAAGAAUGCCGGCUUCGAUGUGCUCUACCAUAACAUGAAGCAUGGCCAACUGGCAACCAAGGAGCUUGCCGAGUUUGUCCGUGAGAGGUAAGGUUUGUGUGUAUUUGUGAAUAUCUGUGUGGGAGGUGACACCGGUGGUGGGGCUCGGAUGGAGAAAUUCAACAUUCUGGACUGGUGCUUGUAAAAGAGAAAAAAACGCUAGUUUGUGCCAAGGUUGGGCAAAAAGCUUCAAAGGGAAAAAGAUCUUUUCUGUAUUUCGUCUCUCACUUUUUCUAACAAGGUGUUCAUGAUUAAUUCAUAUUCAGUCCUGAAUGCAGACCUGCAGAUUUUAGUGAGAACUCUUUAACAAGUCUGUCUUUGUUACAAAUGCUCCGUCUUCUCUCUUUGCUCUGAUCUCUGACCUCAGUCCUCACUACUGUGCUACUUUUCAGAGCACCAUCUUUAAAAACUCACACACACACAGAUCUCACUGAAUAGCAGGAUUAUUUCUGAGCUUACUGCAGUACAGGAAUAUAUCUCCCCUCCACGUUUCUGACUGCUGGUUUUAAAAGAGCUGCGAAACGGGAGGAUAUCUGUCAGGACUCUCUGGUUGGGAUAAAUAUCUUUUUUCGUGUUCCCUGUUAAGAGCUAAGAUGACUCAUAGCUGGAGCCCUUUUUCUCGCCUGUGAUUGUUUUAAAACUUUCUUGGUUCAAUGUUCAGUUCAAAAAACAAAUUGUGCACAUAAGUGCACAUUAAGAGCUGUUAUGCAGUGGGUAAUGACAAAUCUCAAAGUAGAUUUUAUCAGAGAACAAGCCUUAAACUCUCACCUAGAGUCUCAGGAUGGAAGUAAUAAGAAAGCUAGAAUCUCCUCUGCUAAGCUUUCCACAGAAACGGAGUCUAAAUAAUGACAGCUUUUAACUUAAACGUACGUUAGUAAAUAAAAGGGGGAAAAAAGACUUAAAAAUCCCACAACUUUACUAACUUUGAACCUCCAGUGUUAACAUGUUAAAGUGGGAUGUGUUUGAAGAUUUAGAUUGUGUGAAAAUCUUAAUUUAAAGACUGAGUUUUCGAUUUCAGGCCUCUAAAAAGACUUUAAAUGAGCUACUAUUAUGUAUACAGCUGGCGCAAACUACUUAGUCUUGCAAUGUAGCAUUACCUCUAAGAUCAAGACGCACAUGAUAACUUUACCAGGCUGUCAUAUAAUAGGGGGCAUAGGUCCCUUAUUUACUUUCAGUCACACCCUUCUGCUCCAUAUUUACUCAUUUUUUGUCCUCUUUGACUUUACUAUCAAAUUCAACCAAAUAAAAUGAUGCUUGAGCUGAUUAAUACUCUAAUGUCGAAUUUAUUCAUAAUGUACUUGUAAUGAAGAGGCUGUUUUUUUGAUAAUAUUAGAUCAGAGUUGACUUAUUUCUGUUUUUUUCAUAGCUGAUGAUAGAGUGAUUUAUGAAUUUCAUGGUGAAAAAUUUUAUCAAACAGCUCCACUUUCACAAUGAAAUAAUAAAAUUAGCAACAUAAAAUAGUUCCCACUUUGUCCACAGGGGGCGCCAAAAUCAAUACAGACAGAAAGUUCCUCACAGGAGCUUUAAUGUAGAAUAAAAUAAGCCUCCUGGAUACAUUAGGAAAUCAAUGAGAGGGUUUAUUUUCAAUCACUUUAAUUUGAUAAAUAAAAGUCAUAAAUCUGCAUCCGUCAUUGUUGAGGAAUAGGCUGAAAGCUUGACAGGAAAACCAGCAGCAGGGCAGAGGCCACUCAAUUACCUCAUUAAAAUUGUCCGCACUCAGUGGCUAAUUUGUUUUAUUAAGCGCUUUGUCCUCCAAUUAGUGAUAAGCAGUGAGUGAAGUGAGGCAGGUAAUGAGUUUCCCACAGGAGUUUGUGCGCUCACAGCUGGAAGUUUACACACACGCACACACACACAUACACACAUGCACAGAGUGAGACCCGUGAUACAAUCCUGACAUUAAUUCGGACCGCUUGUGCACAUUCCUCUCAGAGGGAAAUUCACUUAUCUCCUGGGACAGAAACAGACAACAAAUCAGCAGCUUGAAAAUGAAGUAAGGGCAUUAUGGGUAAAAUAAUGUGUGAUCCUGCCGGACGGAGCAAAGGUCGUUGAGUUGAUGAUUGUCCUCAGUCUUUCUUUGGCUUAGCGUGUAGAGAAGGUUCUUUAGAUUUAAGACACGUCAGCUUUAAGCUUUAUUUUAUUAACGUUGGAUCAUUAAAACAUCAGAAAUCAAGUUUAACUGAAAGACUGAGUUUAGAGUGAAAAUAUUUAAUGUACUAACAGGAAAAAAAAACAGUGUUUUAUACUGAACAUGUUGGUAAUUUUUAUGCAGUUAAUACUAAAGAAAAGAAAUUCUUACACCGUCUCUUACAAUGUGAAAUUAGUUGAGCUGAAGUCUCUAAUUCGACGGUAAAAUUCGUCAGGGCUAAGUUUUGGAAAACAAAACAUAAAAUUUAUCGACCUGGACUUCAAUAAGUUACUUCCAACACUGUAGACCAUUUCCAGACAUCUGGCAGACUUUAUAUCUUGUCAAUUUUUAGAAAAACUUAACUUUGGGGAAACACAAAAGAAACGGAUCCUUGUUUUUUAACAAUAAACACUAUGGUACUUGAAUGCCAUGCAGAUAAAGAAUUUGUCGUUAGAUUGCUUGAAUCAAGUUAAAUCACUGUUUGAUGUGAUAAUCUGUCAUUAGAUGCAGAACUGAAUAAGCUAAAGUUAUAAUAUGUGUAACUGCUUUAAUUAUAUUGGGGCGCAUAUUUAGUCUCUUUAACUGUAAAUUUGCACAGAAGGUAAAACAGAGCAGUACUGCUGUUGACAGAUUGUUAAACAAUUACUUAAAAGUGCUUCAAGGCUAGAAAGAAAACUUUGAAUUGUGAUGACAACUCUGUAGUUUCACCACUACCACUGAUUUAAGCCACUCUGGAUGCAAAUGUUGUUUUAAAACCCUCGUGUUUAGACUCACUUUUUUUUUGGUUUGUUUGUUUGUUGAAAAUGAAAAAUAUAAUAUUUGUUAGGCUCUUUCUGAGACAGGACUUUAAGCACCAGUAGAGCUGCAGCAUCACUUUUAAAGAUGGAUCGGGUUCGAGGGUGUUUGUUUACGACUUUCAGUCACAAGUUGUUCAGUCCUCCCUCAGGACAUUUGGAUCAAUGUUUCUUGCUUCUUUCUCUUCAGGGUCUACAGAUGGAUAUUAAAGUUUUAUGCUCAGCCUUGGAAAACUAGUCCAUUCAUCAUUUACAUGUGGCUUAUUGCAACAUUUUCCCCAGACAGAUGAAAAUCAGUCUUUACUUUCAGGCUCAGUCUGGAGUUUGGAGGACAGAAAGCACCAGACAGAGAAAAUAAUGUAUGAGGCCAUUAGCAGAGGCAGUGCUGUUAUGAGAUAGCACUAUUGGAGUGCAUUAAACUCACUGGUCCAAAGUCUAUUUAGAGAAUUAGCAUUUUAAGUAAUGACCAUAACAUCACUCUUCCUCUGGAUUACUGUAAAUUUAGCCUCUAGUAAACAGGUAAAAAAAAAAAAAGUCAGUGAAGUAGGUCUAUAAAAUGUCCUGUUUUAAAGUCAGUAUAUUCUCAUACUGUCUCUGCUUAUUGCAGUGCUGCUGUCGAAGAGACCUACUCCAAAUCGAUGAGCAAACUGGCCAAGAUGGCCAGCAAUGGAAGUCCACAGGGGUGAGUACAGUCAUGUUCACCAGGAACAGCACCGCAGCUUCACCCACCAGCUGCUGGUUUUUGUCUUUCAGCUCACUGGAUCUGAAACUAUAGGACUGGGGAAUGUUUGCUUCUGUGAUUACUCUACAUAUGGCUACACAUGAUAUAUGAAUGAGUGCCAUCUGCAUCGCCCAAAUGUCUCCAUUUAUCAUUCAAAUUAUUCCCGUAUGUUAUCUGUUGUGUGAUUAAUUUUCUGUGAGACAGUGUGUUUUAAGUGAUGACUUGAUAAUCAGAAAAUGUGCUGAAUCACUGCAGUGAGUGAUUGAAUAACAACCAUCAUGAAAACGUUUCUGCAGUCACAAAGUUUAAUAUUUUAUGGUUGUUGUUUUUUAACUCAGGCAGUUGAAAGAAGUUGAUAAAGAUUUCAUGUAUUUAAUCCCAGUCAGUUUUUAGAUGAUGUGAUGCCAGCUGUGUGCUUGUUGAGAGUAAAUUAAAUCAGAGCAUAUUGCAGUUGGAGUUUAUGAUCCCGUCCAAUUUAGUUGCCUCUGUAAUUUCUUACUGUUUAAAAUUGUAGAAAAAGAUUAGCUGUUCCCAUACUUUUUUUUAAAUUGUUAUUACUCGUCCAUAAAGAAGUAUUCACCUUAGGGGUGUCCCAAUACGAUAUUGAUAUCGGUCUGAUAUUGGAAAAAAAACAAAUAACAGAUUAUAUCGGCCUGCAUCUAAAAUCUCUGAUAUCAGCACUCUGAUACAAACAGUCCAUUCCAGACUCCGCUCCGGCACCUCUGUCUAGCAGCACCAGGAUCCAGCAUGUAGAGCCCAUGUGAUCACAACAACAGUGUUUACUAAGGUACUAACAAAGUAGCAAGAAGAAGGAGUGGCGUCAGCUGUGUGGCAGUAUUUUUUCAUUAAAGUCCGAAAAAGAUGUUGCAGCUGAGUGCAAAACUCGUCAAGCACAAGUUUGUUCCAAAAUCGGAUCAAUAUUGGUAUCGACCAAUACUGAAGGCUACAAUAUCGGUAUCAUAUCGAAAGUCAAAAAGUUGUAUCGGGACACUCCUUAUUCUCCUGUUCGACCACUGUGUUGUUCAACCAAGGUGUUAAAGCUUUUAGCAAGACAGUUUUGUUGAGUUUUUAAAACAUAUUUUGGGAGUUUCUUUUUUCAAAAACAUACCCACAAACGUUUGAUGAAGACCAAGUUUGAACACAGCAGUUUUGUGUGUGUGUAUUUAAUAUUUAUGUUGUGUUUUUUCACAGGACUUUUGCUCCGAUGUGGGAUGUGUUCAGAGUCUCUUCGGACAAACUGGCCCUCUGCCACCUCGAGCUGAUGAGGAAGAUGAACGAUCUUAUCCGAGACAUCAACAAGUACGGAGACGAGCAGGUCAAAAUCCACCGCAAGGUACAUACAUACCUGGAUAAAAGGGGGUUAAUGUUUUUAGCUGUAACUCUGAGAACAAACUUGCAGAUUAUCGCCCCUGUCUGUUCCUCCUGGACAUAGACUUGUAUAGUUUCUCAUUACUUGCCCUUCAUUGAGCCUCUGUCAUCCUGAUCUAAUUUAUCUCACACAAAAUCCAAUUACUGUCUCCCCCCUUCACAGUAAUUGGUGCGGUUUCCCUGAAAGUAUCAAGUACAAUAAUGGUCUGUACAGUAUGUCCAAGUGUUUUUGUGUGUGUGUUUGUGUGUGUGUGUGUGUGUGUGUGUGACACAGACAAAGGAGGAGAUGGUGGGAACAGUGGAGGCGGUGCAGGCACUGCAGGUUCAGAGCAGUCACCUUCAAAAGUCAAAGGAAGGAUACCACGCCAAAUGUUUGGAGCUGGACCGGCUCAGGAAGGAAGGAGCACCGCAGAAAGAACUGGAGAAAGUUAGCCAACACUUGUACUUUUCUUUUUUCUGUUCUGCUUCAUCUAAGUUAGUCAAAUGUCCUUAAUAGAUAAAGGCUGGUUCACACAAAUCAGAAAAAGAGGGACACAGUGUUGUGAAAAGUUUCCCUCCUGAGGCUUUUCUUUCAUAAAAAGGCCCCAGUUUUUUUUUCCCGGUAAUAAGAACUACUCUGUUCUGUUCAGUAUUGAUUCAGUGAAGUAUUCAUUUGUAUGUCAGGUUUGUGAAUGAGAGUGCACGGCUUAAGGCCUCUAAUCACCUCUACCUUUCAUUCCUCACUAGGCGGAGCUGAAGUCUAAGAAAGCAGCUGAGUCGUUCGCGUUGUGCAUCGAGAAGUACAACCGCGUAGGAGGAGAGUUUGAGCAGAAGAUGAGCGAGUCGGCCCAGGUCAGCCGAGCAGAGGGCCACUUCUUUUCUCUCCCACCCUCUAAUGUGCUGUUGAUGAGCAGUUCUUCUUCUCGAGGGCUUUAUCUUUUCUUUUUAUCCCUGUGACUCACUCUCUCUUUUUAACCUCUCAUCACACAAAAACUCCAUCUCAUCCUUUCAUUUAUUAUCCUGCAUCAUGCCUUCAACAAAAAUAGAGACCUUAACACCCAACUCCUCAAACACCCACCAACUCAUGCACACACGCACUUCCUGCCCCCCACACCUAAUACCUUUAAUUACUGCCUCCACAGUACCAUGGUUACCGCUGCUGUUACCAUGGAAAUCUACAACAAACCCCAAUGAGUACUUCUGCGUUUUACAUUUGAAAUCCUUGGGAUCAAUUAUCUCUGUUGAUAGACCUGAGGGAGUAGACCUGGGCUUUGUUUUGGGGGGUGCGGGGUGCAGCGUGUGCUACCUGGGAAAGAGAAAAUGUCAAAGGAUCAAAGCAGGGAUGGAGAUCAAAUGAACAACAAAUCAAUAAAUAAGAGACAAUAAGGCUUUUUAUCACAUGAGGAGAACACAGGAAAUAUUCUCAGAAAGUGCUUUCACACCUGUCGCAGGAUUUAUUUACUCUGACUUUAUUUAAUCUAAGAGGAAUAAAGAGGUAUAUUUGACACAAAUGGACACAAACGUACAUGAAAGCUGAGGAUAGUUUCGAUGUCGCUGUCACCCUUGACUCAUUUUACAGAUUUUCUUUUUGAGAAAUUUGUGUUAAAAAUAUAAAAAAGUUCCAUUUGCUGAUAAAUCAUGUAUUCUUAAAUCAAGUGGUACUUCAAAGUUUCUGCAUUAACCAGUAUAUUAUAUUGUUAUUGUUUUAAUGAAUAAACAUAGGACACAUUCUCAUUCAGAGGGUUUAAUCUGGAUUAAAAGAGUCUGGAUUUAGGAGUUCUCUCUUGUUUUAUCCCAAAUCAGAUGAUUCCGUUUAUUUCAAAGAAAAAUGAAGAGUAUCCACAACCAAUUUUUUCAGAUCAGCAAAAUCCUGCGUAAGCCAUGAUACAGGACAGCAGGUCGUCUUAAUUUGAUAUUAUGCUUUACUCAGGACACUACUGUCAUGUUAGUGAGCUGUUAAAGUACGCCACCUCUGGUAAGUAAUGCUUCCCAGUCCGCUCUCCUCAUUAGUUAUUGCAGGUAUUCAGUCAGAGGCAGUCCAACCUAUGAGCAUAAAUAUCAAAGAUGUUUCAGAGAUAUUUAUGAUUUCAGGUCAGGUGGACUCUGACUUGUCUGUGUGCAGGAAAAUAUUUGUAUUGACGCCACAUACUGGAGGAUUACUGAGACAAAUAAUCAGUUCUGACAACUCUUAAACAGGGCCAUAGAAUUUCUGCCACAAUAACAGCAAUUUAAGUGCAUAAAAUUAGACAAAUGUGCCAAGUAAGCCAAAUUAAAAUGAUAAAAUGUUUUGCUGCAGCCCUCUUAUCUGGUCAUGGUAAUCAAAGUUCUCCCAGUCCUGCUCAAAAGUUUGGAGCAACACGAACUGGAGGAUUUACUCAGAUAUAAACCAAGAUUAAAUCUCAUGAUCCAAUCUGACUUUUUAAUCCUUUUUGAAAAAGCCUGUUUUUCAGAUUUGAUCUCAUGUUAUAUCUCUAAUCCAAUCAGAUCAAUUUGGAACGACUCACCACAAACUUCAACUUGUUUUAGCUCUUAAAUACACCCCUCUGGUUGAUUCAAUUUUAUUCCCACCAAUCCCAAACAAGUCUACUGAGAAGUAAAAACAGACUAGGUACAGGCUGUACUCACGGUCAGAUCUAAUAAGAGUAAAGAUAUGUGAUAAUAUCAGAGAUGGGAAUGAUAUUCUAAACCAAAGACCAACAUCGGCAGCAAAUAAGGAGUCAGGAGCAAGUUCAGUGUUUGUUCUCUUUACCCAGAAUUGAUUGGAAAGCACGCGCUGGCAAAACUCAGCUCACGAACUGAAGUCUCAAACAAAGCCAGUGGCACUACAUCAAGACGAUUCCCAUGAACCAGAACUCGAGUGAUAAGGAGCAGGAUCAAACUAAAUCCUCUCAAAUUAACUCUGGUUUAAAAAGCUGGCUUCUUCUUCUGCUGGAUGACAGCCUAAAAAAAAAAGCUGCUCCUGAUUCUUCUGAUCCUUCUUAGAGGCUGUUUUAACUUGUGCAUGAAGAAACAUGUUUUUCAAAGUUCAGCUUUAUUGGAUUAUGGUUGUUCUGUAAACACUGCUCCGUCUACUACUACAAAUCUUAAACUGGCAGUAGUUUUAGAAAACAGCUUUUUAUUUAACCUUGUCUUUUUGAAAUAAAAGUCAAACCAGAUACCAGUGACACAAAAGAGAUGUGAAACAGCAGGAAUUAACAGUCAUAAAAAACAAAUUUAGACAUCUUGGAUCAAACAGAUUUUGUCUGUUUCUCCAGGCCGAACAGCAUAUUUCUAAUUAGAAUUAAUUAACUUGUUAAAAAAUUUCGAAGGUAAACAUGGUGGCAUAAAAACUGAAACUGAUUUGGUUUGCUGUCCAAGAAGUUGAAGAAGCAGCUGUGUUUUUGCAGCAAACGUCCUUGUUGAUUUGUUUUUCAAGUGUCCUUUCUGAAUGUAUUUCAUUAUCGCUGAAGGUCAGUGAGGAAUGUCAGCUCACUGUUAAAGUGUUAAAUUUCCUCACUGUAACAGAGUUUUUUCUGUCUUUUCUUUGCCGCGGUGUGGGUUUGUGUGAGCAGAAGUUUCAGGGAAUCGAGGAGGCCCACCUGCGUCAGAUGAAACAGCUGAUCAAAGGUUACUCCCACUCCAUAGAGGACACGCAUGUUCAAGUGGGACAGGUACUCCACAUCCUGCUCCUGUGAAAACAACAUCUCUGCUUCUUCUGACUUGUUGUAAUAUUUUAAAUUAGAUAAUAAAAUACAUUUUGUGCCUGUAACUUGUAAACUUUCCCUCUGCAUGUUAUAAUUUAGACCUGUGUAUGAUUUUAACCUCUCCUCAGAUGAACCCAAAGCCUGAGCCCAUCAGACUGUUAAAGAUUAAGUGAUAGUUGAAACAGAUGGUGAUAUUACUGAUUGUUUCCAUUUCCUACCUCUUAAAAAAUACAAUCUUGUUCUCAGCAGCUGUGCACAGGUAUUUAACUCGUGCGUAUAUGUGGCCGUGCUCAUGAAUUUUGAUGUUUUUCUCUCCUUGGACAACAUCAAAACUCAAAAGUCAGUUUAAUCCCUCAUCAGGGCUCCAGUGUCCUCUCGCACCUAUAAACCCCACUCUCUAAUAGAAAGCUUGAAUCACCAUAACAUCCUGUGUGACUCAUUUACAGCACUGGUAAUAACUGUGAGUUAAUAUGAUCCAUGAAAAAUGAGCAGACAGAGCUUCGAUUAUGAGGAUAAAGUCAGGUGUUAUUUGAUUUUCAGAAGACCCGAAUGAAAUACUCGUUCUUCUUCUCUGCUGCAGGUUCACGAGGAAUUUAAGCAGAAUGUGGAAAACAUCGGCAUCGAUAACCUCAUCCAGAAGUUUGCAGAGCAGAAAGGGACCGGAAAAGACAGGCCAGGUACGGUGAAAAAAAGCAUAAACACUAAAUGAGUAACCUGAAUAACAAAGAAAAUAUGAGAACACCCACAGUCUUGGCAGCAGCAUGGAGGCCGAUUCAGAGCUCAGAGUGACAGAAUACUCCAAUGAAUGAGUGACUUGACUUCCUAAACAGUAGAUGCAUUUCAUUGAAUUUUUUAAUCAAACUUCCCGUUGUCUGCAGCUCUUGUUGGUUUUGAAGAGUACAUGACUGUGCCUGAAGGUGGGAAGAAGAGUCGCGCAAAAGCCUUCAGGAUCCCCGGUCUGGGAAAGAGGGACAAGGAGCCAGACUCGACGUGAGUGGGAUGCACAAACACACACUCAGAAACAAGCUUUGAAAUCAAAUCAAAAUUUGUUCUCCAUGUUAAAGCCUCCGUCUACUCUAAAGUGAUGAGAUAUGUCUGUUUGUUUUUGUGUUUGCAGAGACUCCGCAGUGACAGAGGCACUUGUAAGUAGAAGACAGAUUUCUCUGGCUUUAGAUCCACCCUGAUUAUCGCUGUUGUCAAACUUCCAAAGCUUCAGUUAUCACGGUAGAAAACAGCGACUCCUCUUCACUGAGAGGAGGGAGAGAGUGUUUUGAUCAGCUAUGUGACAUGUGCAAAUGUUUGUCAGCAAGGUGAGCCGGAAAUCACGAGUGUGUGUGAUAGUGACAUAACUGCUGGUGUGGGGUUUCCUGGGUUUAUUCUGGUCUUUCUGAGUAGAGAUUUACAGAGGUGCUUUGGCAGCCUGAAGGAAAGAGGGUGACUCGACUUGAGAAUGUGUAUGUGUGUGUGUUUAUGUUUGAGCCAGCCUGCGUGGAAGAGUGCACAUGGGUGUGUGUGUGUGUACGCUGCCAGAGAGCCAUUUAACGGCCUGAUGUAGGGAGGGAAAGUAAACAGGAGAUCACAGAGCCUCUGAUGCUGCUACUUUACACUCGGAGAGGUAUACGUUCCUCAGAUGCUGCCAGGGUUUGCAGAGGUGACGUGUUGCAUAAGAGUUUACAUGCUGCAGCGCUGUCACUUCACCCUCUAAAGUGAAUACUCGCACUGUAGCUGCUGGCAUUUGUCAGCUACUUGGUGAUACGCACAUUUUGUACAAUAUGUUUUUUAGGCUUUUCAUUGGAAACAGUUUCUCUGUGUGGCAGCAAAUGCCUCGAUAAUAACAGACCCGAACCAACAAGAGAUGCAACACUAGACACGUUUACAUGGGCAAAGUUUCUUGAUCCUGGAUCCAUUGUUUAGAUUGGUGCAAAAUCAAAUUAUCCGAACAUGUGUAUACAUACACCAAGCUUUAUUCAGAUUAUAAGCAUUUGGACAUGCACAGAGUUGUCUGAUUUUGCUAAAACAACCGCAGAAGAAGAGUUGUGUUUACAACUGUGCUGUCAACAAACCAACAAACGUGGUAAUGGCACACUUCAUCCAAUUCAGGAGUUCCCCCCUGUUAAAUGUUGUCACUAGAUGGCGCCCUGCACUGUGCGUACAGAUGUGACAUCAUUACGCUGUAUGUAUAAACCACCCCUCUUGAUCGGAAUACAAUUUCUUUCUGAUUGAGUGGAAUUGGAUCAGAAUCUUCUGAUCGACACAUUACGUAUUUUUAUUCCAAUCGGGCUUUUAUUCCGAUUAUUUGUGCCCAUGUAAACGCAGCUAAUGAAAUAAGACUCGUUCAGAAGAUCUGUAGCAGGAUCAAGUUUCUAAGUUUAUGACUCUCUGUAGUUUGUACUAAAAUAUUUGCCAUCAUUACUUCACUUACUAACUAUUCUAGCUGCCUUAAUUCACUGUAUCUAGUUUCUAUCACAGAAGUUAAAGAGUAGUAUGAAUCCUCAGGUAUUAUUGGACUCGUUCUCUUGUUAACAAUAGUUGUUAAACAACUGUUUUACGGCUUUUAUGCUUAAAAUGGAUGAUAAAACAGAGGAAAGAAACUGAAACUAAGGAUGUUAUGCAGUAAAGAAAAGACAGCCUGCUUUCAGCACAAUUGCAUCAGUGCAUUGGUUUCCUGAUUUAACCACUGCACUGAAGAUGCACCACAAACAACAGUUAUGACCCUCAUGUUUCACCAAAAAUCCCCUUUUGUCUUUUGAUAUUAGUUUAACCGCUUUAAAGCUCCUAUGAGGAGUUUUUGCCCUAAUAUGAAACACACUAAAAUCAAUUGGGAUGCCUCUUUGUCACCUAUUUAAUUGUGAUUUUUAAAGUUAGUAACCACUGCAAGCAACUCAAGUCACGGCAUAUCCUAAUUUUUAAGCACUGGCUGCUCUUAAACUCAAAAGACGAAGACCGGACUCAUUUGCUGUCAAAGACUUUUGUUAAUUUUUCAGUUCAGGUCCUCAUAAUUUAUUCAGUUUGCUCACCUGGAUACUUCCUUUUCAGCCACAGUUUAAAGCGUCAACAUAAACUAUACAUUUUGCUUUCAAAGAUUUCAUCAUAGACAUUUAGGAGAGUAGAAACACACAGCUGAACCAAAAUAUAAACAUGAGUGUUGAUGAUUUGUGACAGGUUAAUGAGCCACUGUCUGUGGUUACACUUGUCCUAUAGAUCUGUUUACUGAAAUCUGACCUCAUCAAAUACUGUGUGUGUGUGUGUGUGUGUGUGUGUGUGUGUGUAGUAUGUGUGCACAUCCACACACUGAGUCUAAAAAUAGCUGCCCCCCUGUGGCUCGAUCGUAGGUCUGCCUCUCUUAUUUUGAAGAUCAUGUUACACCGUCCAAAGAUCCUCUGACAGGUUUCCAGACAUCCUGCUGGACUGAUGAGAAGAUUCAGAUCCAGCACAUUCGGAGCUGUAGCUGACAUCUUUGUUUGACUUGUCUGUGAUUUUUAUGUCAAAUAUUCAACAGUUGUAUUCACUGACUCACACUGACAACAUUCGUAGGAUCUGUUUCUACUCACACGGCUCUCUCAGCGCUUUAUAGAGGCUGUAGUGCUGAGUUAGAGUCUGACAAAGCACUCCUGUGUGUGAGAAAUGGAGCUGAAGUGCCAUUUGUUUGCCUGUUGCAGCUGGUGUCUGACUCUUGUCUCUCUCCUGUGUGUGUGUGUGUGUUUUCUCAUUCAUACAGAAUUCACCCCUGGAAGUAGACGAUGAAGGAUUUGUCAUCCGAGCUGACAGCACUCAGAAUGAUAUCCUUUUUCUGCUCGCUGAUGUUCAUUCAGCAGAACACCGAGUCUGGAUUGUGCUGCAUAACAACUUCUCCUUCUUUUAAGGGACUUUCCAGCAGCUGUUUUUAUGAGUACAUACAGCAGGAUGAUGAUCUGAGCUCCUCGGAGACUCAUUGUUACGGAAGAUUUUGUGUUUUUUAUGAUGUAAAGGAGAUUUCUGUCAAACACUUAAAAUCUUCCCUAAGUGUCCAUCAUAGUUAGUCCAAUCCUCUGUUUGCCUAUCAGUCUGUUCCUUGAAGCUUUUAUGCAGAAUAGAACUAGAAAUAGAAUAAUUUGUGGUUUUACUUUCAGAUAUUUACACAUUUUGAUUGCUAAUAUAUUAGGGCUGGGCGAUACGGCCUUAAAUCAAUGUCACCAUGUGUUGAGCAGUUCACCUCGAUAAUGAUAAUUGGACGAUAACUUCUCCACAAGCUGCUCACCCCCUCCCACAUUAACUUCAUCUACUUCAGCCGCUCCAACUUUUGAACCGUCCUCUAUCUCCUCACCUGUCUUUUCGUCUUUGUUAAGAACCAGAUGGGGUGGAGUCACGUCACUGACGUAGGACAGCGUUUUAAAGGGACAUGAGACCAUAGCCUACCUACACACAUCCAUAACCAACUUAAAUUUAUUUGACACUGAAUAUAUUGACCUGGGCAAAAUGAUAAAUUUUGGUACCAUUAAAUUUUUGGUUUAUCGCCCAGCCCUACCAUAUAUUUAAUAUAUUUCAGCUUUAUAAAUAAGUCUAUAGGGUAUCUCAAUCUUGACCCCUUCACUAUACAGACACAGUUUGCUCCAAGAUAAACCUGUGAUACUGCUAAUCAAACUCCAUUACAGUGAAUUUAAUUGAAGAGUAACGAGAGGGUCGGGGUUAAAGGAAAAGCCAUUUCAUCCACUUUAGCCUCGUUACUUUUAGAGUCGGACACUUAGAAAUGUCUUAACCCUGUUUUAUUGGAGCUAAUGAGUGAAAGCGUCCUCAUACUCGGAUACGGAUGAGGUAAAGUCCUGCACCAAUGUGAGAUAAAAGUGACUCAUCCUCCUGGCUCGACACACAACGCUCUGACUCUGAAGCCCUGAUCCAUUCAUCAGCAGCAGCUCUCUUUGUUGACAGCUCGGAGAUAACAACUUUGUCCCCUCCACGGCUCAGAAUAGAUGUUUCAUAUCUAUCGAGGUCCUUUGUGCUGCACACAUAUUUCUCACAACUUUCUGUGUAUUUCAAAUAUACACCUGACACACAUAGACCCUAAUGUGCUGCUUGGAGAUGACUUCUAUUAAGGACGAUGAUGUUGUACUUCUGCCUCUCUACAUCUGUACAACUACAUCUGUCUGUGUUUCAUUGGAGUCUGCUGACCUUCAUUUUUCUGUCUUAUUGCUCUUUGAGGAGAAAGAAGCAGUAAAAAAAAUCACUUUUUUGUAAUAUGCUGAUCUUGUGCCAUCAAAAUAACUUUUUUAUUUAAUAUUUGAAGCCUUAUUGACAGAAUUCUUACAUUUCUUUUACUCAUUUCCAAAUCUCUCUCUUCUUGUUUUGUCCCAAACGGCACACAAAACAAACAGAUCUCAACUGAAAGCUCAUGAUCUAAAUAAAGUCCGUCUGAAAUCCUGUCAAUCAUUUGAAAUUAUCCAAACAGAAUAAAGAAAAAAAUGGGAAUUCUGCAGGAAGUCUUUAUCUUAAACCGUGGAGAUGUGGAAAUGGCUUUUUUUUAAUUAUUCAUUAAAUUUUUGUUAAACUACAAAGUACAAGCAUAGGUAAUAACAUCAUCAUGCCCAUCGCAUCGUGCACAAGAGACAUCCAACAUUUAGAGCAGAUUAAGAUGUGAUUGCAUGUAUCUGCAUUGGUUAAUUAGUUAAAUGUGAGCAGAAGUGCUUUAAUUAAAAGUUCUGUUUCUGGUACUGUCAAACUUUAAAAUCUUUAAAUGGUAAAAAAAAAAAAAAACAUCUGGGAGAAUAAAGCUUGCGAACAUACACUAUAUAAAUAUUCCACACUGGGAUGUUAAUAAGAUGUUUCCUCAGAUUCACUUUUUAUUCCUGUUUGCACUGUGUGGAUUUGUUCUCCUUGACUAUCCUUUCUGUCUGAACGCUGCUCUGAGGAGAAGGAGAACAACUUCUACUCCAGCGACUCAGACUUCGAUGACGAGGAGCCGAAAAAGUUCCACAUCCAGAUCAGACCGGUGGCCAGCAGCAACCGCAGCAACUCUGCCGCAACGGAGAAAGAGCUGAAAGCCACCAUCGGGUCGCUCACCCUGCCCCCAAACAGAGCAGUGCGACAUCAGGUUACAACUUUUUUACAAAUUCUGUAUGUUUGUGACCAUCCAGAUAUUCAGUUUUUUAGCACAGGUUUCUUGUACUUUGCCAUCCCAUAAAGACAAUAGUGUAAAAGUGAGUGGAUCAGUCCCAGUCUCUUAAUUCAAACCUUUGAUGUGCUUUACAUCCAAAAUAACUACAUUUCUAUUGGAACUAGCACAGGCUACAUGUUUGAGACUUAUCCUGCAUAUAUUUUGCUUUACUGCUCUUUCUGAUAAGUACAAAAAUAAACCAAACCCAUGUGGUGUUACAGCCAAAACUUUAUCCUCACAUAACCCAUCAGUGCUCUUCUGUGGGUGACCUUCAUUUCUCUGAAAAUAGCCUUUUCUAAUUAUUUAAAAUAACUCUAUGAACAUCGUCCUCCUGCGUCAUACUUUCAAGGCUACCUCAUGUUCUGGCGGUCCUCCACAUUGACUAAAACCCACUUUCUUGACUUUCAGGCGCCAGUCAAGCGGCAUCUCUCCAGUAAGUUUAGUCAGAUGUGUUUUGAUCUCCUUCAAAAGCAAUCUUUCUCUCAAGCACAAAUCAAUAUGCUGAUGUAUAAAUAAUAUACCAAACAACUUGUGCUGUAUUCUGAAAGCUGUGUGUCUCUGCAGGGAACUCCAGUACCACAGGAGGUCGCUCAGAAGAGGGUGAGGGCGCCUCCCACAGGGGUGAGUAGUCCGCAUAUCUCUUUGGAUUUCUAUCAUCAUUUAUUCAUAUGAAAGACAGUCAAGUUUGUGGGCACAGCCUUUUGGGAAGAAAAGUGAAGCAGGAGCUGCCUUCUCCCUAAUGACCAACAGGGGGAGACUUCAGUGGUUGGAAAGAAGUUUAACCUGAAAAAGAGAAGCUUAUUUCUUGGUUUAUUGUAGAGUGUCCUAGUCCUAGUUAGCUCUACGUCCAGUGUCAAGUGUCCUCCUUAGGUUUCUGACUUUGAGUCCUCAGACAAACACUGUAAAGUCAUUAUUAGGUAAAGCAUGUUUUUCCAUUUAAUUUGAGGGCAUUCAAAGACACAGAAACUUGUUAGACAGAGGAGUGAUGUAUCCUUUUAUCCAAAAUGAACAAAACUGGCAGAAAAUCACCCCUCUUCUUGCCUGUUUAGCCCCUCUGUGUUUCCCCCUGGAUUGUAAAUCUCAAUCUUGGCUGACCUUGCCCUAACAGCCACCCUCCAUUAGUCACACCCGCGCCCUCUGCUCGUGCUCCGCAGCAUGUUUUAUCCCGACCGCUCCGUUAGCCGUCUGCAGGUUAUGCAGGAGUGCCUUGCCACAGCGAGGAGUCUCCCCCCCCUUAAAUCCAGAGGAGGCAGAAUUAACGACCAGCGUCUGAUUAAAGCUGUUACUCUGCGGUGACGGCAGCAGCCACAGGAGCUGAGUGAGACCCGGCUAAUUGCUGGUAUUUAUCACAGGGAAGGUAACGGCUGAUAGGCCCUCCCUCAUGCUGUUCGAUCUCCCUCAAUCUCAGCCUCCUGUCAGUGCUCUGACGAAGUUCACCAUGCUGCUGAUCAGUCCUGAUUAGGAACAUGGAGAGUUGUGAGUCACUGAUUCUCAUUGUGUGUGUGUGUGUGCAUGUGUGUUUGUGUGUGUGUGUGCGUGCAUGCGCCUUUAUUACAGAUGGAGAUCAAGAGGGUUUACGCAGGUCCACCUCCAGUCCUGAUCACAGCAGGUGAGACGCCUCUGUUUUUGGAUGUUUCGUCAUCGGCUCUUCAAGUUUCUUCUUCUUCUUCACAGGAUUUCUACUUCCACUGUUCUUGUUUUGUGUCUGAGCUUCCUCUCUCACCUUGUUGACAAAAACUUGACCCCCUCAUAGUCAUUGUAACACGUGAUUAUCUUUUGUUUAUUCAUAUGUUUACUUCUACUUAGUUAUACAGAAAAUAACUCCAUUUUCAUCAGAGAAAAUUACACUGAAGGAGACCCUGGACUGUGUGACAGCUGAGAUAGUGUUGUUAAAUGAUGAGGUGAUGGAAUAAUAUGAUGAACAUACUCCCACACCGACAUUUUUGCAGGGUGUUUUAAGCAUCAAAUUUACAAUAAGUCUGUAUUUUUGAUGAAACAGCACACUCUUCAUUUGAUAUGUUGUCUUAACUUUAUUUUCAACUUUGAGAAAGAGUUCAACCUCUUGGCAAAACAUCAAAUUCUGUUUUAUUAUCAUUUAACACACGGUCCAGAUUUUUAGGAAUUGGGGUUGUACUUGCCAACAAAUCUUGAGCUGUUCAGAAAGUCACAGAAAGACGAAAAAGCAAUCAGGAUUCAUUGUCUGAAAGUGUAAUCCUUCUUCUGCCUGCCAGCUUUAUCCUUUCUGCUUUUUCUCUCACAGCCCUCUAAUUUGCUCCUCUAUCAUUUCCUCCUCUACUCCUGCUUCCACCACCCCGUCGUAUUUUAUCUCCUCUUCCUCCUCAUUAGUCUCUCCGUCACUCCUCAGCUCUGAUUUUCUUGUCUCCUCCACCAGGUUGAGUUCGACAGCGUCCGGUUCGGACAGUCUAUUUGGACCUCCGCUGGAAUCGGCCUUUAAGUCCAAAAGUUUUGAUGGACGAGAUCAACUCAGAGAGCAGAGCGCGUUUGGGGCUUCUGAGUGUAAGAAUUGUUGAUUUAUUUGAAAUAUUUUCUUUGAUUUUUUCUCAUUAACUCUGGAUCAAUCCAAAUGUAAAAGGAUCGAACCUUUUCCAGACUGAAUGAAUGAGAUAAAGUAACGUAGCCAAGACUAAGCCGCCUAUAAUGAAGCCAAAAGCAUGCAUCGAGUUCAUCACAGUGCAUGGUACCGCUGUAAAAAGUUAGUUUAAGUAAAACUAACUCUGCUUUGCUCAAAUAUAAAAUCAAAAAAACAGCAAUACUCUCAUUUGUGUUUGAUUUGAUUCUGCUCUGUGUUCUUCAGACGCCGCCUUCUCCUCAGACUCCUCCUCUCCAGAGAACGUCGAGGACUCUGGUUUGGACUCGCCUUCCCAUCAAACCCUUGGGCCCUCCCCUGAGCCGGCAGGUUGGGCCGCCUGGCCUCCUGUGUCACAGAGUAAAGAGCAGACUCAGACGCUGGGACGACCCUCAGAUCCCUUCCUCUCCGCCUUCAGGGACCCCUCUCCUGGUCGGAGUCCUCACCUGAAGGACGAUCCCGCCAGUGUCUGGUCCGUCGCUCUUUCUCGUCCCUCUCGUGUCACACCCGAAGUGGACCCUCCGUCCACGCGGUUCCCCGCUUUCUCUCAGUCCCUCCCUUCAGUUGAGAUUGAGUCGUCGGUGUGGAACUGCAAACACAUCCCAGCCGAGGACCCCUUCCUCGCUGCCUUUGAGCGAACUGUCACACAAGAGACUUUAAACCUGUCCGACGCUUGGUCCCGCCCACCUCCUCGUCAAACACAGGAGGGCCGGGGGAUGGAUGUGCGAGGGGACCCUUUCUCCAUGACCCUCCCUGACACCAAGAAACUUCCCACCUCCUCCUCAUCCUCCUCUUCGUCCUCCUCUCACCGUAAAGACAGAGACAGGAAACGGGACCGCAGCCUCCCGCCUCCUGUUUCCUCCGACGACCCGUUUGCGAUCACAAUGAUCGGCAGCCCGACGCAUCAGUCGUCUUUAGCUGCGGCGGCUGGGUUGAUUCCCACACAUAGCAGCAACAGUGGUGCCGUUGGCGUUGCCAGCAGCAGCAGCAGACUGGGACUCGAUGUUAGCUCGAGCUCUUUACCCAGCGCUCAGCCCAAGAAGGAGCUGAUGCACUGGAACUCUGUCCACAACCCGUUCAGUGAAGGAGUUUCCGGAGCGCCGAGCAGCUCCAAGAUUCAGGAGGGAGGGGGGAAAGCAGAGGGAGGAGGAGGAGGAGGAGAGAGGAGGAAGCAUCGAUCAUCGGAAAGUGAGCCACGCAGGAACGCCCCUCCACUCACCAGGCACUCAGGGCCGCAGGAGGAUCUGUGUUUUUCCACAGACAAAGACCAAGACUGCCUGGAUCUGAACUCUCAGAUACCGUGCAGCGCCAGCUCUCACAAAGGUACUCAUCUCUUCCUUUUGAGUUUGUAUAGAUGUUGGUACGUGGCGGCAAACUGAUCUCUACAUCUUUUUGGUGUUACGAGCGGAACUUUUAAAAUUUUUACACACAGAGUAGAAAAACAGAAGAUAAGGAUUCAGUCUCUACCGUUUCUUUAAAUACAACUUAUCAUGAUUUAAUAAAGUUCAAACGCGGUGUCCAUUUCUAUUCUUAAAUUAUUCAUCAUUUUGCACGUUUAUUAUCCUUAUGUUUAUUUCCUUUUAGCUGUGAGACUGUAAGAUAAAGAGGGUGUAGCUUUCUUGAUGUUUGAAGAGGUUAUAACUAGUUAAUAGAUCAUUUAUAAACUGUUAAUUAAUGAGUUAUUAAUAACUUUUUAAGUGUUUGUUCAGGAUUUAUAUUGAUGCCUUACAGAUAGUUAAUAUAUCAAUAAUAAACAGGUAGUUAAUGAGUUAUAAAUGACUUGUUGAUGAUUUAUAACGAAACCUUAUAAAUUAGUAAUAAAUCAUGAACAAGCUGUUAGUAAAUCACAAAUAAUAAUAAAGUUGCAACUAUUCCUCAUUUACUAACAGUUAAUAAAGUUAUAGUAUAAAUGGUAUAGUUUUAUAUUAUUAAGAGACAGUUAACAAGUCAUAACUCAUUAACUAACAGUUUAUUAAUGAUAUAUUAACUAUCUAUAAGGCAUCAUUAUAAAUCCUUAACAAACACUUAAAAAGUUAUUAAUAACUCAUUAAUUAACAGUUUACUAAUGAUCUAUUAAUUAGUUAUAAUGGAUAGUUAUUAUAAAGUGUUACCAAAGUAACAGUUACUUACAUUUUUAAGCAUUAAAAAGUCUUAUUUAUAAAUCCUUUAGAUCCAAAACCCUGACUGGAAAAGAAACAGACAGAUCCGUAAACUGUUUAUUCCUUUUUGUCUUUGAUUACUUGAUUAACUUGAGUUUAUUCAUGGUGUAAGAAAUAAGUACAAAUAAGAGACUCUGGAGCAACUAAUAGAGUUUUUUUAGUAUUUCUUAGGGGAUAAAUCUUUGCAGUGCACAUUGAGAUGCCAAACUGAUGGUAAAUUAAAGCAGAGCAGGUUAGAUGUUAUGAGUUUUUGUUCAUUCAGGAUGUCUGUGUAUUUGAUUCCUUUUAGCCGUGUGGAUAAAAAUGUCUUUUGUUCAUUUUGUGUCUGUCUUUAUUUUAAGGGUCCAAACAAAACUUCAGACAGGAGACCUCUGAAGUGGCUUCAGCUGCUCCUCAGAGAGCAACACGGGCCAAGAGGACCUCAGGCAGACUCAGCGGCUGUGAGAGGGUGAGUCAAGAAUUCACAGCUUUGAUAACUUAUCACUAUUGCAACACCUUUUUUUUAAACCCUCCUCAUUUGACUUUAUUCUCAGAACUGCAUUGCUGAAAUCACAGUUUCCCCAACUCCAGUUACACAAACAGGCCAAAGUUUAUACUUUUCAUGACACAAAGGGCAUCAAAAAAAAAUUCUUUGGGAAUAUAAAAGAAGAUAACUAAAAAGACAAAAAUUCUUCUCUCUAACUCACUCAGAUACACAGUAAAAUGAUUGUGUUGCUGCUAAAACUAACUCUGUAAUGGUUAGAUUCUAAAAUAUAAUCAAAUGAACUGAAACCGGUCCAUCAGGACUGUUAAAACUGGACUUCUCAGGUACAUAAACCUGUUUUUUCUCUUUGGGUUUUUAGUCCCGGUCUCUAUGCUCCUCCCCGCUACCGGAGCCCAGCCCCUCCCUCACCUCCUCGUCCUCCUCCAGCCCCAGUGAGUGGGGUCCUCAGGCCAGGGACGCUGACUGGGGAGGACAAAACCGAGCCACCAGUCCUGCCAGGCCGGGACAAUCCUCGCCACUGCCUUUCCAGCACCAAGACCACCAACAGCGACCGGGUAAGGUUCAGAAAGUUACAACCCAGAGACAGGAGCGUGAGAGGAAGAGACAGACUGAUAUGAUCAUUAAUGAGUUUAGGAAAUACAGACACUGAGUGAGGUUUGAUGCUCGGUGAGAAACCACUUAAACUCAGUGUCUCAUCAGCUCCGCUCACGUUGAUCGUGUUUGUCCUUCACAGUGCACCUGUCUCGAGGUCCCAGUCCCAUCUCUCUCAGCACACAGGAGGCCUGGCCGGUUGCAGCAGCCAUCACUGAAUACAUCAACGCCUACUUCAAAGGUGGACAACACAACCGGUCAGUGUGAGACGAAUUUUUCUUCUGAUAUCUCAGGGAAAAAAAAGCACAUUCGCUGGUUUUAAAGGGAGACUGCACCACUUUCUAACGUCAAAGUCUGUGUGUUUUUAUUCAAGAGGUGUUCAAAGUGUAACUCAUCUGUUCUGAAACUAUGAGAGGAUAGCUCUAAAUUGACUUCAUCUUUUUAAACUUAUUUUCCACUUUAAGGAAAAAACAUCAGUUUCAAAAUUAGGAUGUGAAAAUUAGAGUUUGAAAAAAUGCAGUAGAAUGAAGAGGAUUCGUUUUAACACUCUGUGUGUGUUUCCUCCUUUUCUCCAGCUGUCUUGUGAAGAUCACAGGAGACCUGACGAUGUCCUUCCCCGCAGGCAUCACUCGCAUUUUCACAGCCAACCCCAACGUCCCCGUGCUCAGCUUCAGACUGGUCAACAUCUCCAGGAUCGAUCACUUCCUGCCAAACCAGAAGCUGCUUUACAGGUCAGUUUGUUUUUGUCACAGCUGUGUUUUGUUUUGUCUUGUUUUUUUCUGUGCUCUGUUUACCACCCUUCCUCCGUGCCUCUGCAGUGAUCCGUCUCAGAGUGACCCAGACACUAGAGACUUCUGGUUCAACAUGCAGGCCCUGCAGCUCUACCUGCAGAGGGAGGCUGAACUCAACCCUCAGGCCUCGUACUACAACGUCGGCCUGCUGAAGUAUCAGGUGAGGAGUAAAAUGACCCUCCAUCACCUUUUAGAGGUGGGGUAGUCAGGAUCUGAGGAAGUGCCAGUUUUUGGGAGAAAUCUUGAAUGUAAACUCUACCCCUCCCAACCAGUUUUCCCCUCAGCUCCUCCUCUCCCCUCCCUCUCUGCUCCAGCAAGCCCCGCCCUCAAACAGAUGCUCCUGCUCGCUCGUAUCACUUCAAUUAAAUUCAGAUAUAAUGCAGAUAAAUACUUCAGAUAAUUACAAAUGGGGCCCAGUCAACGUGAAAGUAAACAGCAUUGGUGCUACUGUAGACGCCAACAGACUACCAGCAAACAGAAUGUUUGUAGGACUUCUACAACUAGGAUAAAGUGACAUAGUCCAGGACCCGAGGGAAACAGUUUAGCGAUGGCGCUACGACACGUAGCAGGUUCCGUUUGACAAGAAACACUUCUGUUACACUUUGCUUACUUUGUUAAAGCGGUUUACAUGUCCAGCAGAAAGGUUACAAGGUCUGUAAGAUCCCAAAGCGUCCCCCAUCAGUGUUGACCCGGCUUUUUUUUAGCUCUUGUCAGGGUGGUCUACCUCCUUUUUAAGCGCCCGUUAUUCCACCAGAGUCGCCGGUAAUUAGUUCGUUUUCUUGCUUGUGUUGGCAGUUGUGGCCAAAGGAGGAUUCAGACAGUUUUCUGUACUUUCUGGUUGGUUUCUACUGUCCGAUAUUGUAGCAUGCUAACUUUGUUUUGGCUCCUGAACAACAAAGGGGAGCAGCGUCUGCCUCACAACCAAUCAGGAUGGGGGAGGCGGGGAAUGGCUUUGUUUAUAGUCAGAAAGAGCGGAGCGCUCUGAAAAUUUAAAAUGUUGACUUCACAGACAUAACAAAACACAGCAAUAUCGUUAUAUUACCAAAUGUCAUCAAUAACUAAUAGCUAUUGACUGAUAUUAAAAGAUUUUUUGUAUAUACACCACAAAAAGAUGCUUCUUCAACGGACUCCUGCCUACCCCACCUUUCAAGUUUAUUACCAACUCUGACUCCUAUUGAUCAAUCAGUCCCCCUUUUUGGGGACUGAUUAUUCUGUUUCAAAAAUGCCCUAGUGGAUUGCAAAGUAAUUGGACAGGUAACUUUGGAGUAAUUUCCGGCUAAUUUCACAGUCCUGUUUGGUUGUUUAGGUGACUUAAAAAUGUCUAGUUGGAGCCCGUAGAGUAAGUGUUGUUAACCUUUCCCCUCUGAGGGCCUGAUUCAUUUUGAUAGGAUGUUAAGUAUGGACCUCUCUCCUCACAAGUUCUUAAAAACUCCCCGUUGUCUCCUCAGGUGUCAUCACAGGACCCGGGUCGGGCUCCUCUCUUACUGUCGGCAGAGUGUCAGCGCAGCGGCACAGUGACUCGAGUCUCUCUGGAUUACCACUGCUGCCCCGCCACAGCGCCAUCUACCCAGCUCACCGCUGUCCAGGUGCUGCUACCAUUAGACCACACCGCUACAGACCUGCAGUGUCAGCCGCCUGCCUCCUGGUGAGACACGAUGAUCCGUUAUAACGAUAUUUAUCACCUCUAUCCUGCUGCUUGUCGACUUUCUGUUGCCUCUGAUGGAUUUUGAAGAUCAAGAUUCAGUUUGAGCUGACUGAUUUUUCAUUUGCAGGAAUGCUGAGGAACGACGUCUGCUGUGGAAGCUUCCCAAUCUCUCCCCGACCAAUCACAGCAAAGGUCAGAGCUCUGCAGCUUUCUCCGUACUGAAUCUCUACUUUUCUGUUCCAGCCCCCGUCAUCAGGCAGAGUUUAAUAAUACAGGAGGGAGAAGUGUCAGCCUGUCAGGUGCUGAUCUACGUUUGAAGACUUCUCACUAAAAUUAGAGCUUUCUGCUUCGUUUCCUUCUCUGCGAGCGAAAAUCGUUCAUUAAUGGUUAUUAAUUGCUUAAAUUGAAGUCUUACAGUUAGUCUUUGACUGCGGAUUUAGCAUUUAAAUGUCACAGCUGCUGUUGUCAGUCUUUCGAGGGAGCAAAAUGAAGGAAUAUGUGACUCAUAUAAAAAGACAUGAGCUGCGGAGAUGUUCCUCUUUUAUGUGAAUUUAGAGAGAUUGUUGCUCUUCUUCACAGCCUCAGAUUCGAGAGCUGAUGACUUCAUCCUAAAAUGAGAAAACGCAAAUCAGUGGAGCUCCACCUGAGUGCCUCUUUGUAUCAGACACCCACACUUUCCCUCAUUUCAUUCGUUUUUUUGUUUUUUUUUAUCAUCUAAUGAUAUACGACUACCUCGGAGUGAGGCUGUGGGCUCAGAGAAAAGGAGGAGAAGAGACUAUUCAUAGCAGACAGUGAUGGAUGAGAUGUUUGAGGCUGAAAACCUUCAUAGUUAGGAACGUUUUUCUGGUUUAUGUGCGAUGACAAAACGCUGAAAGGUCACCAUAACUCCUUCCUGCUCAUUUGGGGAAAAAAACUGUUUUCCUGCAAAGUGUAUAUAAAUAACUAAAAGGUUAAAAGUGUCAUUUUUGAUUAAAAAGGCUGAAUCAAAACUUAAUUUAGUUUAUAGGACUCUGCCUAAACUGUCAGCACAGAUAUUUUUCAGCUGGAUGAGGCCGCUCUGCAGUUCCUCCUCAAUUCAUCAUCAUUUCUCCUCUUGUUUCUGCGCGCUGCUUCAUUUUACUCUUGGACCUGGAGCUGCUUUUUCAUUCACAGAGUAUCAGUGUCGUAAUAACUGUCUGUUUGAAUUUAACUCAGAUGUCUUUAACUUUUCAACCAAGUUUUUUUUUUUUUUUCUCAAACUUCAAGAACAACAACUUAAAAAAAAAACUAAAAACAAAAACACAGAGCAAAAUAAUACAUAUAUACACUAAACAAAUGCAUGUCAAAGAUAAAUUUACACUAACAUGUCAAAAAUAAACAGAAUGAAGCAAAGAGCUCAUCUAAUCCUGCCCCUUCCUUGCAAAUCAGAGACAAUAAUGAAUGGAAAAAUUAGCUGAUUAUAUAGAUUACAGAGAUCUGUUUAAAUAUCUACAUAUUAUAUACUACAUAUACAUAUUUAAUUCCACCUAGGCAGCCUUUUCACCAUCCUGUGAUAUGUCUAGUUGCCUGCGUUAAAUUGGUAAAUUAAUCCUGACCUUAUACUAUUUUAGAGCGUUAUUUUCAUGAGGAAUUAAAAUCUUUUAAGUCUAAAAAUAAGAUCAAAUAAGUCAAUUUUUAAGCGCAAUUUCACCGCAAACAAAACUGAUGAAGUCUUUCAGUAAAGCUUGCAUUCAUUCUUGGUUUUAGCUAAAAACAAUCAUUUUAAACGGCUCCUAUACUAGCUGUCGAACUCAUCAGUUUCUAUAUUUCUGCAUUGCUUUGUAAAGUUAUUCUGUAUUUCUGUACGUCUGUGUUUGUGUGUCAUCUCAGGCUCUGGGACUCUGUGUGCCAGCUGGCAGUGCCUGGAGGUCCCCCGCGGCCCUCCACCCAGCCUGGCUGUUCAGUUCGUGGGCUCCGGGGCCUCCCUGUCAGGCAUCGAUGUGGAGCUGGUGGGCAGCCGCUACCGCAUGUCACUCGUGAAGAAGAGAUUCGCCACAGGUGAGGCUUUGAUUUCUGACACCUUGAAGCGUUGAUUUUGCACAGUUUAAAUAUCAUUCAGUUACAGAAGUGUUUUUACUCUGAAACAAACAACUUCUGGUCCGCUCAUCUUUUGCCACGUUGUGUUUGACAGGGAAGUACAUGGCAGGCUGCUCCUUGUGAAUCUUGUAGAGGAUCGUCCCUGCUGCUGGUUCAGAAACCUUUGCACCCUUUCUAAGUCCUGUGACGGAGCUGAAGAGACGAUUGGUGGUAGGACAUAAAAAAAACGGAGACGGGGCACCUUUACUCUGCCUGAAGGACAAUGUGCACUUACUUCUGAUGGUGUCCUGCUGUUUUAGGACCAAGCCUUUCCUUCUUCCUCUUUUCCUCUAAUUUAAGUUGUGUGUUGUACACUCACUCACUUUUUCUACUGAAUCAUUUCAUCGUGUUCUGAAACUGAAAAGUAGAUGUCAGGACUGCUCUUAACCUACAGCAGAAAAAAGGAAAUGUUUAAGUUAAAUACAGCUGUCUGGAAAUAAGCUGCCUAUGGGGCUAGGAUUUUUAAUUUAUGUAAAUACAGUUUGAAAGAAAAAUUGAGAAUUCGUUGUACUUAACCUAAAGAAAAAACCCUGAAAUGUUUGUAAAUCUGCUGUUUGUGAUGUUCACAUUUGAUAAGAAUAAAUGUUCUCAAACCUUU